GCGUUGAGCCGUCUUGUAGGAAAUCCGCUUGCGGCGGAUUAUUGUCAUCCGACAGAGGGUUUGGACGACACAUCGGAUCACGACAGAGCGGCAGCAGCAGCAGCAGAGCGGCCUGUAACAGAUCAGCAGCAGUUCGUCCAAGAAUAAAAUGAUAAAGUUUGUUAUGAUUUGACGCUCUGCUUACGGCUCCUGAACGCAUCAUCAGCGGCGGCGCCCGGCGGGCCGUUUCCUGAAACCAGCCUACUCCUCACCUGACAGCAGCGGCGGCUCACUACAGCGAAGGCGGAGAGAAAACGUGUUCAUCUGUUAGUUAAAGACAUCUCCCCCCUUCUCCCUAACCCCCAGCCCGGCUCGGUUCGGCUCGGUUCGGCUCGUUCUGCCGGAGAGAAGCGCUGCUGCUCCGCUGACGCACAGCGAGCUAGCGCGGCGAGCUCACCCCAGCUAGCCUGUCAGGAAUUUAUCGAGUUUAGUUCGGAAUUUAACGAAUUCUCCGAGCUGUGAGCCAACACGGAGGGAGGAUGUCGGCAAAAGACCAAAACAAACUCUCCACCGUGGAGCGACCCAUUAAAGGUGAGUGAUUUUGGGCUCUUCUUUCAGCUUCUUCUCGGUGCAGGAAGUUAGCCGAGGAGCUAGGUAGGCUAACAGCGGCUUCACGCGCCGCUGGAUGACAGGCAGCCCCGCGAACAGGUAAAUGAACCAGGUGUGUUUGAGAGCUGCUCGGUGAAUCAGGACUGAUGUUUAAAAAGGGGAAAAGAUUAAUGUGACUUGGUGGUAAUGAGUUAGCCUGUUAGCUUAGCCGGUGUGGAGAUCCAGAUGUUUGACAGUCAGAACCACAGAGGGGAUCAGAGCAACGCCCCGCAAACCUGGACCACCUUUAUUUAUAUACAUACACCUGAAAUAUAAUAACAUUCAAUAAUCUGUUCAGGUGGAGUUUAGAGUGUGUGUGGAUGUAAAUGAGGCUCUGAAGUGUUGGGAGUGAAUGCAGGAGGUGUGUGUGUGUGUGUGUGUGUGUGUGUGUGUGUGUGUGUGUGUGUGUUUCAGGUUUCUGAGUCUUUAUCAUCAUACUCAUAGAGAAUGAUAUUUUUCGGUCUGUGCACAGAUAUUCGUGUGUUUUGUUGAUGAGUGUGUAUUUGAGCCUCACAUCGUGACAUUUUUGUUGCACCGGUGUUGCACCAAAUUCUGUGACCCACCAGAUUGUGUGACCUAAAUGAGCCACUUCAUUGCCUCUGCUGCACUUUUAGAGACACUUCUUUGUGAAAAUGAUUCCCACGGCAUCUGCAGUGAAGGUGUGUCUGACUCCUCACCUGUCCACACUUACUGCUGAUUCAAAGAUUCAAGGAACUUUAUCUGUCAUUCCCCACACCUUUUUACAGUCUGUAGUACAAAAUCAGUACCCAGGUCUGUUUCCAAGCCAAGAAUUAAAAAUACAAUACAAUAAAUAAAGUAUAAUACAAUGGCUAAGAUGCAAUACAAUAAAGAUCUAAAAGUAAACCAAAGAAAAUGUAAGUCAGCUGAAAUUCGCUCUGUAGCACUAAAAGUUCUGUGUGAAAGCAGCACCUUGGUUUUUGUAAAGUGAUGAUCAGUUUUAGUUUUUUUUCCUACAGUGCGUCCUCGUUAACACCGUCUGUCAUUCUCUGCAGGGUUGAUAACUUUAUAAGCUGAAGUGAUCUGAACUUCCUCACAUACAUUUCCUCAGGUGUUACGUGGUCGGCAGGUAUUGUUGCCGUUCAGCCUUUGUCUCAUUUCUCCUGCUUCACUGUGAGAGGAAGAAUCAGGACAUUUUCAGCCGCUCCUACCUUUAGUCGCUGAGUGAGAGAGUGACGGUAGAAUUUAACAGUGAUAUUUCAUUAUAGGGCUGGGCAAUAUGUGAAAAACUUUAUCACAACAUAUAUUUUUUUCAUAUCAGUCGAUGUCCAUAUCACGAUAUAAAAAUGAAAUGUAACAGUGUUUAUUGGUCGCAUGUCUUUUCCAAUACAAUAAUCUACUGCAUCUGUAAGGUCUCUGUGUCUCUUUUGACGUUUUGUCGUAAGGCGUUGCGCUAGAGAAAGCGAGCUGAAUGGUCGUCUGUUUCGGCAGUACAGUCGCCAUGGGCUCCUUGCUCCUCUCGGGGUUUGUAACCUUUUGAGUUGUGCGUGCUCUGCGGCAUGGCCCUGCUUCAGGUGGUGAAAAAGAUUUGAGGUAUUCCCCGACUUUGUGAGAACAUGUACUCAACAUAAUUUGCAGUUCACAUUACUCUGCUUCAUGUCUGUGGUUGAAAACACUUUUCUGGUCUGAGUUUGAUCAGUCGGUCUUCCUGUCAGUGUGAAGAGCAGUAGCCUACAGGAUCUACAUUUUAUAUAUAUAUAUAUUUAACAGUGAUUGAUACAAGAUUUUUUUUUGUUGCAUCAUAAAUAGUAACAAACUGAUUCACGUUUAUUUUAUGAGGUGCAGACUUGAAGAUGAGUAACACCAAGUUGGAAACUGAAAAUAAGAGUAACCAUGAUAGCUUCCUCCUGCAGGGCUUAAUCUGUGAAAUAUGUCAUGUCCUGGUUGGUGUGUUAUUCCCAGCUCAGACAGUCAUGUUAAAAUCAAUUUCCCUAGAAUGACAUCCAUCAGUCUAAUAUCUCAUCUGUUUUAUGUGCGAUAUGGUAGCCUAGGGAUUUUUCUCUAGUGGAUGAAUUAAUGUGAGUAUUUGCAGACAAGGUUUUAAUGUCAGUGUGCAGACUGAUGACUCCUACAAGUGUAUGAAAAUGUGGUAGUGAGAGUGAGACUUAGAUAAUAUCAAAUUCCAAAUGACAAUAUGGAGUAUAUACAUAUAUAUACAUAUACGUUUCAACAUUUGCAAAACAACCAGAAUAUGAAAAUCUUAUGGGGUCAGAAGUUGACGAUGAGCGAAACCAGCUAAGUUCGACUCUCAGCUACAAAGCACGUCGUGUUUAUAGCAAGAUUGCAAGCCCGACCAUGUGAGGUUUUUUUAGGUAGUAUGCAAAAAAAAAAGUCAGAAAUAGAGAGCUGUAUACAGUCAAGAGUCCUGACCAUAUCACAGUAGGGCUGCAACGAUUAGUCGACGUAAUCGAUUACGUCGACACGACUAAUUAAUCGACAUGAAAACGAAGUGUCGACGCGUUGUGUUAUUGUUGUUAAGAAUCACAUGCCGGCGCCUCAUGCUCAUCUAUAACUGCAGUGCACUACAGGAUGUGCUGGGGGCAGUAGCGCUCGCUGUUUACAUCCCGCGAGUAAACACAGAAGAAGAAUGCACACAUUAUGGCAGGACAAACCAAAAAAGACGCUCCAAAACUCCGACCCAAAACUUCCAAAGUUUGGGAACAAACCAAAAAAACACGUCGAUCGAAGCUCAGCUUUCUUACAAUGGCAGCACCACGGCGAUGCUUGAGCACCUGAAACGCCGACACCCCGGAAAUAGGUGUUUAUAAACAAAGAAGAUAGUGAUUAAUCGUGAUUAAUCGGACGACUAGUCGGACGACUAGUCGACAAAAGAAUAGUCGUUAGUCGCAGCACUAUAUCACAGAGCUGCUGUUAGUGAUUUCACUGUUUCCUCAUCAGGAAAACAAGUGCAGACCUGAGAGAAAUGACAGCAUUAAAAAAAAAUAAAACUUUUAGUAGAAUCAUUCACAUCGUCUGAAAGGGAAACGAAGAGGUUGAGUUUUUCAGCGAACUGUCUUUUCUUCUCAGAGCGACCGUUUUACACCCCAGUGUUUGUUUACGCUCCGUCUGUGGGCGGAGGAGGAGGAGGUGUCUAUGUCUGACAGACAAUUAGCAGCAAGUGUGAGUUUGUAAGUGUGCAAUAAUAAUCUGCAAAGACAGAGACAGAGCAGCUCUACGUACAAACUUCAGGUCCAGAACUUCAGACAUGGUUUUGACCUUCAGUAUGUAGAAGUAGAUCCAAAUAAAGAUGGAAAGAUUUGAAAUUGACCUACAGAAGAUAGACAUGGUUUUAUCAAGGACAUGAAUACUUGAAUAUGACUGUAAUAUUGAUGUUCUCUCACUGUUUUCACAGCAGUUGUAUAGAGAAAAUCCUCAGUUGUGUAACCCUCUCUGAAUACUGUGGAAGACCUGUUUUUUAAAGUACCAGCAGAUCUGAGGAAGUGAAAAAACACUCGAGCAAAUAUGUGAAGAUGUUAUAAUGAAAAUAUUUUAAAGAUGUUUUAUUCAAAAGGAGGAUUUCUUGAUGGAGACCAAACCCUGAUUGAGAGUGUGAACUCCUGUCAUGUCUCCUCUGUUGUGGUCUCUGUGCAGAGCAGCUGGACCCUGUUUUCUCUUCAGGUCAGUUUUAACACCUGCUGACGCGUGACGUGGAGGGCUGCAGAAGUGUUGGGUUUUUUCAAUUAUCUGUCUGUUCAAUUGUCCUCUAUGAUGAGACCGGUACCAGUAUCUGAAGGAUAGGGAGGUUUGUUUGGUGAAGGUUGAACAUUUUAGUGUGAUCUCACAGAAGAACCAGAGUGAGGGAGGACAGAAGCAGAGGCCAGGAAUACGAUCUUCAUCUGAUCAUGAAAUGAGAUGGAGCAUCUCAGAAGUGAGUGAUCUUUCAGUCAGGUGUCAGUCAUCAGUCUUUGUUGAACCCUGUUUCACUUCAUCAGUGAAGAAGAGUUGGACUCUGUGGUCUCCUGGAUGAACAGAUCUCUCUGUGUCUUUGCUGAAACUCAUCGGUGCUCUUCACAUUAGCUCUGUGUUUUUGUUGUUUUCAAAAGUGUCAAAGCUCGGUAUCUAACCCCCAAUUUCCUCCUCAUCCUGAACGUCUACUAAAAGGUCGUAUCCUCAGAUCGUAGCCGAUCGUAACCAUUCAAGUUAACAUGUCAAUUUCCACCGGCUUCUUUCCGUUCCUCUGUGGAUCACCAGACUCCACAGCUGAUCGCAAGAGUUCUACAUUCAUGUUUCAAAUGCUGUUAGAAUGUGGUUUGGGAUCAUAUGAAGGUCUUCCCUGAAAAAAUCUUUGUCUGGAUAGGCGCAGAUGUUGCUCCUAAACCUGAAGAUAUUGUCUAAAACUCAGGAUGCAGCAUCUAUAAUUUCCAAUUCUUCGUUGAAAGGAAAGGACAGCUGGACUUACUUGGGACAUCUCGCCUUAGGCGAAACUUCCCAAGUAAGUCCAGCUGUCCUUUCCAAAAGAGUGUUACCCCCAAUUUUCACCACAUCCAGAAUGUCUACAAAAAGGUUGUGUCCUCCAAUCGUAGCUGAUCAUAACCAUUCAAGUUAAUGUGUCAAUUUCCAGUAACUUCUUUCCGUUCCUCUGCGGAUCGCCGGACUCCUCAGCUGAUCACAAGAGUUCUAUUUUUUCCUGACACCGGAGCGUGCCGGAUAAAUUCAGCACAGAUUAACCCAUGCUGGAAAGUAAGUUGGGCACAGACACGAAAUAAAACAUCCGGCUUCUUUUGUGCAAGGUUUUUAGACGUCAUUUUACCCUGAUGACACCAUGGAUGAGGAGAUGCUGAUUCUAGAAGUCUAGAAGUAGAUUUCCUCAUCUGGAAGGACACAAUCUACUGCUUAUAUGUCUAUGUGUCUGUCUUUAUAGAGACAACUUGUUAUCGCGCGAUUGAACGUGAAUCCGCAGGUUCUUGUGAGUUCUCAUGAUUCCUUCUGUCUGUAAUCCGCCACGAAAUUCAUCUCACAAAUGGAUCCAGUAGGAAUUGGCAUACAGUGAAAAUUGCCGAAAAUCGGGGGUAAAGCUGCUGUGAGCAACUUGUGUCAUUUCACAUUUAUAACACAGCCCAAAUUCAUGAACGGUAAAUUUAAAGCAUAAAAAUAAAGAUGGCGCUGUUUUACUCGCUUUAUUUAUCACGCCGUUUCAGUCUGCCUUCAUCAAACAUGGCUGAGGUCGGCCACAUCCUGAGGACUUGUUGUGUUUUCUAAACUAACUGGAUAAUCUGACCCCCUCACUUUCACCAGGUGAGCUCGGUAACAUUCCCGUUACCAUAGAAAUGGGUCAUUGUGUAAGUCGUAGAGGAUGCAGCCAUGUUAGCACAGAAGUUCAUCUGCUGAUACCGAUGAUAUAAUGCUGAUAACAUCGAACAUGCCUGAUUGGAACAGAACUGACCUGUACAACCGCGACAGGCUGAUGGCGAGACACAGCAAUUGCACUUCAGCACACCUGCACUUCCUUCUGAGUGUCGCCUCGUUCCUCUUCCUUCUCCAGUCGUGUUGAUUGAUCAGUUCAUAGAUCUGUUAUCAGGUUAAACCAGGAAACAGACAGCAGAGUCAUCAGCCUGUCUUCAACCAGGUCCUCUGUGUUUUCUCUCAUGACGAGGGAGACGCUUUAAACUCUCUGACAAAGAAAAACUCAAAGAUGCUUUUAACAAACCGUCUCUGUGUGAUCUUUAACGACCCCGACUGACACUUUUCCCACGAGUCAAAUGUUUCAUUACGCCGCCGCCGUUGUCUCAGAGUGAUUAGCAGCAGGUUGUUGUGUUAAGUUGUGUAAUGUUGUGUGUUUGUGUGAACAAGCAGCAACGAAUGAUUGGCUCAGCGUGUUAGGACGGCUUAGGAGUGUAAAGCUCCAGGAGAGCGCCACAUCAUUAAACCGGCCUCACUAGGAACAAGACAGCCGGUCAAUCAGGAAGUACACACACACACACACAGUCUUCUCUUUCGUGUAACUUUUCAGUAUCUUUAUUUUCUCUGUUUUCUCUGAAUCGUGACUAAUCCAGAAUCUAUUGAUCGUUAAUUUCAGCUGAAUAUAAUCAUUGUGACUGAUCAGUUUUGCAGCAUUGAUAUUUUUUUCUAUAUUCAAUGGGAAAAAAAGCUGAAAAAACAGACCAACUUGUGGCGACAACUUGACCAACUUGCGCGUCGCGCCCUGGUGUGUUCACACUGGGUCCAAAGCUGCAGUCGUGGAGGUCGCAGGACGCGGCUGGUCGCUGCUGACCCGCUUCUCCCACCCUCCUUCUCCAUCCUUUUCUCCCUCAUACAUCCCGCAGCCCCUUCCAGCGCUUGUGGCACACAUCCACUGCAAAGACACACACACACACGUUGAAACUUGUAGCCUAACAAGCAGGGGCAGUUUGCUAUGUUUUCAGAAAAUAGUCUGCUCACUGAAAUAAAUAAACAAACAAACUUGCCAGAAAGCCCGAAAUCAUGGGCCACCUUGGCCCAUGCCUCCUCCUUGGAGGUGUGGUCACGGUAGAACGCGCACCCCAUGUCGUACAGGACCGGGUGAAAACUUACGGCAGUGAUAAGCUGCUCCUCCAUUGUGAUUCUUCUUCUCCUCCUCCUUGCUUCGCCGGUUUGUUGACGUCAGCAGAGCCCUGAUUGACUGUCGCGGCACGGCGUUGUGGAAAGUCGCUUCCAAAGUUCAAAUAUUUGAACUUUGGGAGCGAUGCGACUUGGUGUCCUGCGACCUCGGGCGACGCGACCUCAGCGACCAUGCGCGACCUGGUCGCGUAGGUCGCUAAUGUCGCGCAGCCGGCCGUCGCCAAGUCGCGUCAGGUCGCAGCUGUACAUAGACUUUGCAUUGGGAGUCGUUGCUCAGGUCGCUGAGGUCGCGUUUGAUCUGAACACAGCUUUAGUGUUUGCAGAUCUGCAGAGAGAAUACAGAAGAAGUCGUUUAGAUCGCCAGAGUCCUGUCUGUUUCUGUGUUAUGAGCCUUAAAAAAGUUUAUCAUAGUUUGAAAUAAAUAAGAUUAAAAAUCUCACACAGGGCUCGACAAUGCCAGAGCAGUGGAUUAAAUAGAGUGGCGACAACUUCAGAUCUCGCCGCCAGAGCGGUCACGUGGUUCAUGUACCCCUCCAUAGUUCCAAGCGCAGCCUGCACUGUCCAUGCUCUUCCAUGGGACAGACUGCAGUUAGCGCGCAUUUAAGAGGUAAAUAUUAAAAUUAACCAUAAAAAGUCAACAUUUGCAACUGUUAUUGGAUUACUGUGUACACGUCAAAGUCACGUACGUAUAUUUAGCGGCUGGAUGACAAAUAAAAAUGAAAUAAGACAAGUUUGGUAACACAUUUUACUUUUUAAUAAGAGAAAAUAUUCCAAAAAAGUGGUAAGUAACAGGUGUUACAAGCUGUUUAAACAAUUGUGCAAUGUUUUGGUCUUGCAGCAUGGCCUGCAUAACAUUUUUCCAUGUUAAACAUACGCCUUAAAUGCUGACAGGAUUUAAAAAGUAGCGGUCCCUUAACUCUAUCAUCCCAUAAGCAGAAAUAGAAUUUCAUAGCACUUAUAUUAGUCUAAAAAGAAUAAAUUGCAUAUAACAUCGGGAAGUGAUAAAGGCUGGAAUCUAAAAUAAAGCCCAUAAGUAACCAUCUCAACAUAUGAUUGAUGAUGAUGAUGAUUUAUCUGUGACCUAAAACUCAGUCACACAAUAAAUUUUGGCAGGCCUCUACAGCUGACGACGUCCAACUAGCAGGCCGUGGCUAAAAAUCGAUCCCAAUUCCUAACUAAAAAAAACGUAAUUACAUUUGUAAUUACAAUUUGAGCAUACUAAAAUUAAAAUCAUUUUACAUAUAAAGGGGUCCCUUGAUACCAUUUACACACGUAUUGGCAUUACAUUCGUUGAUACAAUAUUUUACCUCGGGGAGUGUGGGAGCAAACCGUGGCUAAAAAAAUCGAUCCCAAUUCCUGACUAAAAAAACGUAAUUACAUUUGGGACAUACAUUUUUACAUAUAAAGGGGUCCCCUCGAUAUCAAUAACACACAUAUUGGCAUUAAACUUGUUGAUAUUUUAUCAUUUAACCUCGGUGAGUGCUUGCCUUGUGGCCAUAGAAGUGAACGACGUCUGACGUGACAGGCGGUCAUGUUGGAACUAUUGAGAGUUCCAUAACCUGGAAGUGGGGUCCGCCGGGCUGUACAGCGUAUUCCUGUGGGAGUGUCGCCACUCUGUUAAAUCCACUGCUCUGGACAGUGCGACGGUUUCAAUCAGAAAUAGAUGUGUGUGAAUUGUAAAGUGUACUUAGGGUCACGUGCGCAUAAAGAAAAUCAACAAAUGUUUUUUUUUUUCUGUAAAUACGGCGGUGAAGUUAGUUUUAGGUUGAAUAUUCGACGGACAUUCACUGAGGAUCUACUGAUGUCUUCUCUAGGGCCCGACCGAUAUGGAUUUUUUGGGGCCGAUGCCAAUUAUUAGGGGGAGAAAAAAAAAACAGAUUACUGAUUAAUCGGCCGAUUUUUAAAAUGUUUUAUGAAGUUUUAAAAUUUUGUUAAUUUAAGUUAUAUAGCUACAUAUUUACUUUUUUAACAAAUGGCUGCUUUUAAGCCUUUUAAACACUUCUUCAAAGAAUUAGAGGCAGAAAACUCAUUUCAAAUCCUUUUUAUUGCCUGGCUAUUUAUUUCAACUGUAAUAAAGAUGAUAAACUAAUUCUUUUCAGCUUAUUAUUCAGACUGUAGUGGGUGUGAGUCUGAUUAUUUUGUCAACCUCCGUUUUGUCAAACUCACACACUCGUCAUCCUUUAAAAUAAAUAGCCUAUAUAAAUGAAUAAAAAUAAAGCUAACUCACAUACAUCAUAAAAAAUGAGGAACACUCGAUUUACUGUAGGCUACUGCUCUUCACACUGACAGGAAGACCGACUGAUCAUCUCAGUAAUAUUCCACGUAUUUAUCAUGAAUCAAACUCGCACCAGAAGACCGUUUUCAACACUCUGCUGUGCUGUGAGGUAGUUAGUGGAUGAAGAUUGUCAUGAGGUCACUGCGCCAUCUACUGGAUAAAUCGGGGAACUUUUCAAAUGGUAGAACAUUUUCGAAGUGAAACCGAUUCUUAUUCUGAGCAUUUUAUUUCUGAAAAUAUCGGCAAAAAUCAAUAUUGGCCAGUUACCGAUUAGUCUCAAAUGGGCUAAAAUUGGCCGAUUUAAUUGGUUCGCCAAUAAAUCUGUCGGGCCCUAGUCCAAACUGUUUCAGGAUUAAAGCUAAAGAAAUGAUAAAAAGAGGACUGUUUUAACAACUGAUUCAUGUUAUUGAUCAUUUUUCUUAGUGUUAUAAUUCCAAAAUUCUGCUUUAUUUCGCCAUUUACAGAGUUAUUAAUAUUGUCUGAUAUGAAGCUGAUUAAUUUGGGAUCUUUGUCUGUUUUUGAAAAAAGAAAAGACAACUGAAAAACUCUGAUUAGUUCCUUGGAUUUCUCAUAGAAAAGUUUCACUCCUCUGACAUGUUUUACUCUGACAUGUCUCACUCCUCUCUGGCGUGUGUCACUCCUCUCUGGCACGUUUUUCUUCUGGUGCUCUAAAUAGAUGAAAUUCUGGUGGAUUAGCAUUUCUGUCAGCGCUCUUAUCAGCUGGCUCAUUAACUGCUGGCUCAUUAACCGCCCUGCUGCUCAUCAUCGAUGCCUUUUUCUAAGAAAUGCUGCAGCAGCCCUCUGCAUCCAUUCAACCUGGUCAAUGGGCUGUGUGUGUGUGUGUGUGUGUUGUGUUUGGAUGGAUCUGCUCCGGCCUUUUGGCUUAGUUACCGUUGUUGGUAAUGGAAUCAGUCCGUCCCUCUAUGUUGCUCUGCGUGUGUAAUGAUUCUGUUCUCAUCCAUCAUUGAUGGAGCUGAGGACCUCUGUGGGCCCUGUGGUGGAGCUCCGCCUUGGGCCCUAGUCUUAUGUUUGAGGUGUCCAAAGUUGGCCGCUGGUGCUAGCUCUGCUGGUGGUCACCUGUAGACUCCGUGAUCCAGUUUGUUACAUACAUGCUGCAGUUUUUCAUACAAUGAGGCUGUGUCUCAUUUCAGAGACUGCAUCAGGCUGAGCGCGCUUAAGCGUGCUUAGCUGAGUGCACUGCCGUUAUGUGGACUGGAGUACCCUGGGUGAGAUGGUCCAGUUUUUGUGAAAUGGGACACACUACCCUUCGGAGGACUUCCUGGUUGAGUCGUCAAAUGUCCCCGCCCUCAGGCUCGCGUCACGACUGACAUGAAGAAAAGCUGCACAGCGCAGCAUUUAUUUUUGAAUUGUGCGACCUUGCACAGACACAAAACAAUAGAUACAAGCACAGAUCAUUUCCACAAAAUUCAUCAAAUGAUUGUUUUGUAUGAAGGAGUAUGAGGGCCAUAUAGAGAAUUUUUUUUUAAAGACUUCGAGAUUGAAGUCGUGAAUUUACGAGAAUAAAGUCGUAAGGUUAUCUGUUAUUUCAGAGGAGACUUGUUAAAAUUAGGGCCAUGAAGCAUUUGAAGGAACUGUGCUUCAGUAUAGGUUUCACAAACAAGGAGAUACUUCAUCCUUUGGCACAUCAGCAUCACAUUGUCACAAGUAAAAAGACUUAAAAAGGAAUAUAUGAGAAAUACUUCUUUUCCAUGGGGAAAAAAACGGUGCACUUGAAGGAAAUCGCUGCUUUUGUGGAGGCAGAAAUGGACAUGCCUAGGAUAUAUCUGUCAAUGCAGCCGUAAAUAUCCGUGAAUGGCAUUGAGCUUUAGGCCACUUUUAGACGGAAACGGUCUCCAUAGAAAAUGGAAGAUUUAGUUUCGUUUAGGGGGGUCCGUUUAGACGGCAACUGCGUAACAAAGUGAAAAUACCCUCCAGAGUGGAUAUGUUGUAAACGCUCUGCUAGACCCGCUUUCAUCUAAAGUACAAAAACGCUGAAAACAGUCAAACCUGUGACGUCCUUGCUCAGGCUUAUGGCAACAUAGCCAUGCGCAGCUUCCUUGAAAAUAACAACAACAACCAUGCUAGACAUUCGAGUUGCGCUGUCAUUAUUAUUGAACAGGCAGGAGCUCAAUUUUCGACCUGUACAGAAUCCUCACGGAUCAUACUGCUCAGCAGAGGGGGCGUCUGAAUUAUUUGCAUCAAAUAAUUAAUGUGCCAACUGGUAGAACGGGAGUUGUUCUACGUAUGCGUUGUUGGUUUACGGGAGCGCGGUCACACUGACACGCGCCACCUAGCGACCUGGCAUGCACAUUACAACGUUUUCAACCACAUUGCGUAUUUGUGUAAACACAGCAUAAAAACUGAAAAUGAAAUGGCACUUUUCUGUUUUCUAUGGAGAUCGUUUCUGUCUAAAAGUGGCCUUAGUUCAUGAUAUGAAUCCAUAUGCCAUGAUAAGGUGUUGGUGUCUCUGCAGGUGUAGGUUACCGCUGGUGUCGGAGACACGGUGCUCAUCGGAGCUCAACUCCCUCUGGAUCACAAAUGUUGAUCAUCAGUUGGAUUAUCUCUUCAGAAACCACAAAAACUGUCUGAAUGGCCCGCUGAUACAUCCACCCUGCAGAUGACCGGUUCCAGCCAUUUCCCCCUCCACAAAAGCAGCUUUAUGACUUUAUUUACUUUAUGACUUUAUUAUCCCAAGUUUACAACUCUAAGUCUUUAAAAAAAAAAAAAGAGUUAAGCGAUCAUGCGCUCAUGCAGCCUGGGCUGACUGUCUGCUGUUCUUGGAUUUCUUGGAUUUUCUUUGAAGACGCGCCCACCCGAAAUGCACAGCUGUGCAGCGGCACGCAAAGAAUUCUGGGAUACCAAGGUCUUUGAAAUGAGACACAUAGGCUGUAUUGGCUGAAUGAGAUCGUGUUGGUUCAUUCCACUUUAGUGGGGCAACAUAAACUGUGAUUCAUAAAAUAGCUCUAUUGAUAGUAAGUACUAAAAAAAAAUAUCUACUCAUGCCAUCCAGUCGAUUUUUGGUAAUCAGUGUUUCGGUGUCGAACUAUUUCCUUUCUGCGGCGUAGUGAUACUUGCACAUGCGCAAUCGAAUAUGCAGAGGGUGAAGCGAUUUUUGUCACGUGGACCAAUAGGAGCCGAGUCUCGUUGCCAUAGUAUCAGAACGACACAAACAUGGCGACGAGCGCAUCUAGCAGCGAGACAAGCGAAGAGGAAGAAAAGAAAAGAAAAAAAAGAAAACAGCCUUCAAAAGUGCAUAAAAAGUGCAAUGCUAUUUGCAUCUAUCAUCUGUCCAGGGCAAAGACGUUCUCGACUUUACAAGGACACGUAGGGAAACUUACAGAACUUGUAUGAGAAAGUAGCUUUCUCUACAGAAAGAGACAAAGGACCUUGCAGAAACUUAUAAACAUUGCGUUGAUAUUGACUUUGACAAUGUUCCUGAUGACGCAGGGUUUCACAUGACAUGCUACCAGCGAUUUAUUUGCAAAAGGCGUUUGAGUUUGACCAAAAAGAAACAAGAACGUGAUGCAGCCGCGGUUCAGUCAAACCCCUCAGCCAGCAUCGCCAAUUCAUCCACGUCCACGGCAUCUGAAACUCUGCGAAAGAAACUUCGCUCAAGGGCAUAGGCUGUAUUGGGAGAAAGGAAAAAGUGAAUUUCGUUCCACUAAGCUAGUGCUACUUGUUCAAUGCAUUUUUGCAUGGACAAUACCAUUCUGGACUUUGGGUUAAAAUAUCUACUCAGACUAUCUGUCCAACUUUUGUCACCAGCCAGAAAUGUACAUACACUCCCCGGCCACUUUAUUAGGUACACCUGUCCAACUGCUCGUUAACACUUAAUUUCUAAUCAGCCAAUCACAUGGCGGCAACUUAGUGCAUUUAGGCAUGUAGACAUGGUCAAGACAAUCUCCUGCAGUUCAAACCGAGCAUCAGUAUGGGGAAGAAAGGUGAUUUGAGUGACUUUGAACGUGGCAUGGUUGUUGGUGCCAGAAGGGCUGGUCUGAGUAUUUCAGAAACUGCUGAUCUACUGGGAUUUUCACGCACAACCAUCUCUAGUGUUUACAGAGAAUGGUCCGAAAAAGAAAAAAUAUCCAGUGAGCGGCAGUUCUGUGGGCGGAAAUGCCUUGUUGAUGCCAGAGGUCAGAGGAGAAUGGCCAGACUGGUUCGAGCUGAUAGAAAGGCAACAGUGACUCAAAUAACCACCCGUUACAACCAAGGUAGGCAGAAGAGCAUCUCUGAACGCACAGUACGUCGAACUUUGAGGCAGAUGGGCUACAGCAGCAGAAGACCACACCGGGUGCCACUCCUUUCAGCUAAGAACAGGAAACUGAGGCUACAAUUUGCACAAGCUCAUCGAAAUUGGACAAUAGAAGAUUGGAAAAACGUUGCCUGGUCUGAUGAGUCUCGAUUUCUGCUGCGACAUUCGGAUGGUAGGGUCAGAAUUUGGCGUCAACAACAUGAAAGCAUGGAUCCAUCCUGCCUUGUAUCAACGGUUCAGGCUGGUGGUGGUGGUGUCAUGGUGUGGGGAAUAUUUUCUUGGCACUCUUUGGGCCCCUUGGUACCAAUUGAGCAUCGUUGCAACGCCACAGCCUACCUGAGUAUUGUUGCUGACCAUGUCCAUCCCUUUAUGACCACAAUGUACCCAACUUCUGAUGGCUACUUUCAGCAGGAUAAUGCGCCAUGUCAUAAAGCUGGAAUCAUCUCAGACUGGUUUCUUGAACAUGACAAUGAGUUCACUGUACUCAAAUGGCCUCCACAGUCACCAGAUCUCAAUCCAAUAGAGCAUCUUUGGGAUGUGGUGGAACGGGAGAUUAGCAUCAUGGAUGUGCAGCUGACAAAUCUGCGGCAACUGUGUGAUGCCAUCAUGUCAAUAUGGACCAAGCUCUCUGAGGAAUGCUUCCAGCACCUUGUUGAAUCUAUGCCACGAAGAAUUGAGGCAGUUCUGAAGGCAAAAGGGGGUCCAACCCGUUACUAGCAUGGUGUACCUAAUAAAGUGGCCAGUGAGUGUAUAUGUGAGUAACAAAGAACGAUUUUAUGGCGCUGCUGUUUUUGCUUGUAGAAACUGCUAUGUUGAUUCUGGCAAGACAAAAUCUUCAAAAUCUCUCAAAUGUCAUAAAUACAUCUACCUAACAUCUGAAACAGUUAUUGGUGUCUUAGUAUACGCAUAAAAGAAUUCAGAUUAUGAAAUGUAGCAAAUUUCUUGAAGAAAAUGUCUCAACUCAAGUGAUUUGCACCCAGCACAAUGAAAUAUUUACAGUACAUUUAGCUAAAAGCUUAUAUUUUUAUGUAUGAAACAUAAGCUUUUAGCUAAAUUUACUGUAUAUAUUUCAUUGUGCUAGGUGCAAAUCACUUGAGUUGAGACAUUUUGAGAAAUUUGCUACAUUUCAUAAUCUGAAUUCACUUAUGCGUAUACUAAGGCACCAAUAACUGUUUCAGGUGUUAGGUAGAUGUAUUCAUGACAUUUGAGAAAGAUUUUGUCUUGUGUUAUGACCCAGCGUAGGGGUAUGCUGGAUGUAAUAUAAAGUGCUCCUUCCUUUGCCCCAACUCCCCAAGAAAACCGACAACCAACCAGAAAAUGCAGUCUUAAAUGGGUUUAUUUUUCCAACAUAAAUGGUAGUCGACUUCAGAGUGGACACAGGCCAAAAUAACAAACAAAACCUUUUUUUUAGUAAAGCUAUCUUUCCUAACAAAAAGAAAUACUUUCAAAUAAAAUACAGGGGGUCUUACCUGCCUCCCUAACCCAGAAUGCGAGAAAAUCUUGUAAAAUAAAAUAGCUGCCCACCCCUACCUACCAGACUGCUCUUAAAUUAACCAAAGCGGUUUGUCUUAAAAGACAAAUCAAAAUUCCCAAAGUUUCAAUAUCUAGCAACAAGAUGCAUCCACAAACACAGGUCUGGCUGGGAGUCGAGACAAAGGAAUGAGAGAGAGAGCUCCUCCAGCAGCCACCCUUUUCAAAGCUCCUCUCUUUAGCUGCUGUCCAAUCAGGCCACAGUUGUCUCCUGGAAAACAAAAGAGACAGAGGAACAGCACCUACCACAUGUAGGGAGGGUUAACCACGAAAAAAAUGUGCUGAUAAAAAAAAACCAACUGUAAACAUAUGACCCCUGGUCAUAACACCAGAAUCAACAUAGCAGUUUCUACAAGCAAAAACAGCAGCACCAUAUAAUCGUUUUUUGUGUUACUCACAUAUAUGUACAUUUCUGGCUGGUGACAAAAGUCAGACAGAUGGUUUGAGUAGAUAUUUUAACCCAAAGUCCAGAGGGGUAUUGUCUAUGCAAAAAUGCAUUGAACAAGUAGCACCAGCGUAGUGGAACGAAAUUCACUUUCUAGGCACUUUUUCCUUUGUCCCAAUACAGCCUAACAGUCAAAAUCGAGUCAGAAUCUGAAUCCUAGUGUUGAUGGUUUUGGUGAAGCCGAAGUCGUGCAGAGGCUUAAAGAUUUUAAACAUAUUAAGAGAUCAGAGAGCCAACACAUGAGGACGUCAGCUGACAGAUUUAACAGUUUUGUCCUCACAGUGUAAACAAUAAUACAGUGAACACGAUGGUUAAAAAAGAUGUUGGAAACAUGAACCCUCUGGUGGGUAUUCAACGAAGCUGGCUAAAGAAGGCUGGGCUAUCGCCGGUGAGCAUGGCUUGAAUAAGCGGCCACUUUAAUCUUAGCUGUGACUCAUUUCACUAACAAGGCUCAGCUGUCUUUCAGAGACGCUUAUUCUAGCCAGGCUUAUCCAAGCCGCGCCUAUGCACGCCUCCACGGUACAUAAACAGCCCUGACGUAUCGAUUGUCGAAAUGACGAGAUCAUGGAAAAAAAGGGGCAGAGCGGAGUCUUUCUCAGCGGCGGAGCAAACACUCCUCAUGAAGUUGUACGAAGAGUACAAGGGAAAAAUUCAAAAGAAGGGCGACACUGUUGCCAUUAUGAAAGCCAGGGAGAUGGCGUGGUUAAGUAUCGCGGACCGUUUAGAUUCGUAAGUUAUAGCCGACAAAUAUUUUAGAUCUGACGCAUGUCUCGAUGCAGUCAGCACGCUUGGCUGUCUAAUUUUAUUUCUCACUUCUGCGUAUGUACUGUAAACACUUUUUUUUUUUAAAAACUUUUCAUCUCGAGUAUGUGCAGCUCACUCAUACAGUCUGUCAGCCUCUGUGCAGCACCUUCGCAGCAAGCAGGGGCACCUACAGCAGCAGGGGGCGCCAAUUUGACAAGAGUUAAUACAAAACCGCUUUGCGGUGCAGAUUUAUUAUUAUUAUUAUCUUUUUUCUUUCUUUUUCGGAAGUGCUCGUGCCGCCCCCAUGAGUCAUGACACAAAUGCCGCACCGGGCGGCUGCCUGGUUUGCCCGUUCCUAGAACCGCUUCUGCACUGUAGGCAUAAUUCAUGUUCUUGAUUUGACAAAUAGAUAUCCAUAAUGGAUUAGUACAGCAGCUACAGGUAAGACCUAAAACCAAAGUAGGCAAACUUAGACAAAAAGUGAAGAAAAACAUGUACCUGGAAAUGUCUUUUUUUUUUAUUUUUUAUUAGGGAUGAUAGUGGCACAGCGCCCUUCAUUUAAAUAAGGGAGAAAACACAAAUGAGCUUGUACACAGAGUAGCCAUGUCGUCAUUUGCCAUCACCUUUACAUUAUCAUCAUCAUCAUUAUCAGAAUGGACCACUGGUGAGAGGAAGGUUUUUUUAAUGGGAAAUUGUUGCUGUUGUCGCCUUCAGUGUUUUGGAUGAGAUCGUUUGUGCCUUUAUUCUGUUAUGUGUUUACAGUACAUUGAGAGUCACAGAAUAAAAGAAAGAAAAUCAGAUAUUUCCAAAUAAUUACAGCUGACGGGAUUGAACCCACAGAGCAGUGAAAAACACAUUUUACCGGCACUUCUCUUUACCCACUCAGCUACUGAAUUUCUCUUUCUCUUUGAGGCUGGCGUAGUAUUGGGCAUGUCCGGAUUCACGUAUUCCUAUGUUGUUUUAAAAAACUCUCAAUUUAUUUUUCCGAACAAGAGCAUCAUUUAUUACAGAUGAAGAUGAAAUCACUGUGUGACAUGCGGUUCACAAAGCGUCCUCUGGAAGCCCGUCGGAGCUUCUCUGUGACGCAGCUAAGGGUAGCUUGACCGUAAGCCUGCCUGGGACCAGGCUUGUCACGCUGGCUGAGUAUCCAUGGUUACCAAGCCAUGCUAGACCUAAGCCUCGUUUGUGGAACCGAACUCUGACUAAAAUUAGCCAAGCUUACCGAAUUAAGCCAGGCUUUGAGCUAAGCCAGCUUCGUGGAAUACCCCCCAGGUAUAGCUUUCAUGUUGGUUACACUUAAACUCUAAUGUGCAUAACAUGCUAAACCCAUAAUAAUAUACUUAAAUGUUAUUGAAUUCCACUUUUUUGGUCCACAUCUGCCCUAAUAAUUAAUAGGACAUAUCAAUAACUUUUCGGUUAUUUUAACGCUUUCAGUGCCAGUUUUUUGCCAUGAUGCUACCCAGUUUUUGGAUUUAAAAAAAACGAAAAAAUGAAUCAUCCAAAAAAAAAAACUAAAUACAAAAGAGAUUUUUUGAUGCUGAAUUAUCACAGCCAGGGAUAUGUCAAUGAGCACAUGCAACAUUUAAAUUAAUGCAUUAUUAAUUUUAGUUAAAUCUUUAAGUUUUUUAAAAAUAUACUUAAUGUACAUAAAGACUCUCAUAGUCCAGACUCAGUAACUCAAGUCUCAGAAUCUAAGUUCUUCUUCUGUUAAAGCAGCGGUUUCCCUUUAACUGCUCCCCCUAGCGUUUCUGUAGCUGUCUGAUUUAUUAAUCACCUGUACACACACUCAGUCUCGCGGUGGCCGUCUAUCUCUACUUCUGAUGCCUGGCGUCUUAACGCUGCCAUGGCUGCAUUUGUGGUGCGUCUGUCAGCCGUCUCACUUCCUGUUUGGCGAUCGUUAGAGCCGUCUGAUAAUCGGGUCUUCGCUAAUUUUUAUUUGAGGAGGAGAAUCUGUUCAUAAUUCAUGUAUGGUGUUUGAUUUUUGACCAUGACGUGUGUGUGUGUGUGUGUGUGUGUGUGUGUGUGUGUGUGUGUGUGCGCGCGCGCGCACGUGCGUGUGUGUCUAUGUGUGUGUGUGUGUUAGGGCUGCACGAUAUAUCGUUUGAGCAUUGUCAUCGCGAUGUACGUGUGUGCAAUAGUCACAUCGCAGAGCCUGCGAUGUCGGAGGUGAAUGAACUCAUCUAAUUUCAAGGGUAGCUGACUGAGAGACACUGCAUGUGACUCUGCAUGUGCUGUGCAGCGAUCCACCAAUCACCUUCAUUCUCCACUCAGUUGCCAAUCAGACUACCCUGCCAGCUGUCAAUCAAAAUCAAAGAGGAGGAAACCCACCCCUGCACAUGUCCUGCAUAUGGAGUGAGUCGCUGGCGCUACCGGAGUUGAGCCGAGAAACGCGUGUCUGCUGAGAAUUACUUUCAGAACAUUACUCAUCACUGUUUAGCCCAACAAAUAAGAAUUGUAUGGGUUUUAAAUUGUACAUUUCCGUGGACCACUCUACUAUAAGCAGUGUGCAUUUUGUGAGGUGCAUGCAGUUCUCGGAGGACAUGCGUUUCUCAGCACAACCCCGGUAACAACAACAACAACAACAAUUGCAAACUGAGCAACAAACAGAGAAAACUACAGAAGAUCAAGGCUUGUUACCAAAAAGAAAAGGAAAGUCACUUAUCUGGAAUUAUUUCGUUACAAGAUGGAUAAUGUCAACCAAAACACGUGUUCUGUGUUCAUCUGUUGCCACAAUAACAUUUGAUUUGAUUUUGAUUUGAUAAUUUUAUUCAAGUGUCAUACACCAAAAUUGGUGCCCAGCCCCAUGGGCUUAUUAGACACUGUUCAACAAACUCAAAACACAAUGUAUCCAAGACAGCCAUGCAACAUAAUAUACAACAACAAUAACAUCAAAAAUCCAUUAACAAUUGUAACACAAACAAUGAGGAUAAUGAAAGAGAAACAAAAAAGUUCAUCCUACAGGGUACAAAAUACUUUGCCGCAUAUGCCAAGCCUUUUCAACAAAUUUUGCCAAAACAAAAACAUCCUUUUCAAACAACCAACCCAAAAUGCCACAAUAACAAUAAAAGCAAGCUAAAAAUAUCUCUGAGACAGACAGAAGCCGUUCUACUAACAUUCACAAAAAGAGGUCAGAUCAGUGCAGGUUAACUGUCCUCAAGAUUUCAGCAGUGCAGCAUAACAUUAAGUGCUAUUCAGGUCAUCUGGUAAAAAUUCCUGUAUUUUUUAAUAUCACAAUAUAUAUCGCAUGGUUGAAAAAAAUCGCAAUGUUAGUUUUUUCCAAUAUCGUGCAGCCUUAGUGUGUGUGUGUGUGUGUGUGUGUGUGUUUGCUCAGCCAAACUAAGGUGUGUCAGUGUAGUAACUGCUGCAGUUCUCAGGUGGGAUCAGUGUCACCUCACACACUCAGGUCCACCCGGACACAUGUACACAGAGUAUUUUAGAAGACACCCAUGCACUCACACACUCUCACACACACACACACACACACCCACUCACACACACUGUGUCCCAGUGGUCUAGUUUAGUGAGUGAAACCAAAGCAGGUCGCUCACAUUCAGCCAAUCGUGUGGGAGCUCAUUAACUGGUUCACGGAUGGACACAUGCGGCUGAUCAGACGUGAAGAAACAGAGCGCCGUUUCUGAAACUGGGGAAGGAACCCAAACCAGAAGUGACAGAGAGACAGGAACUGUGGGAGGAAGUGGUAUUCAAAUCACAGACGAGAAACUGAGGAGAAUAUCCUCAGAGAAGAACGAGAAAACAGCGAAUCGUUUUUACCCUCAGUCUGAUUUUCAACUUUGUCCCUGCAGGCCACCGUAGCCCUGUGGCCAGCAGCCAGUCAAAUGUAAGCAAAACAGCCAGUGUAUGAAACAGACAGGUGUUUUGUGUGUGUGUGUGUGUGUGGAAAUAUAAGAGCUGCUGCAGACAAACACAGCUACAAAAACACAAACAGCGCCUGAGUGUCAAAGUCAAACAUGCUUCAGAGCGGUUUACUGCAGUCACUCAGUAAGUUUCCAUGACACCCGAGAAAACAGAAUUGUCGCCAUAUUUCGAUUAAGACCGGACAACUGAAAGUCAUGUAAACACCUUAGUGUGACUAUAAUCGGAGUUUGAGAACUCCGAUUGGAGUCGGAGAACACUGAUCUCUGAGAGACAAAUUUGAAAAGACAUUUAAGGGUUAAAAUGAUCGGAAAUAAAAUAGUUUUUUUAUGGUUUUCAGAUGAUUUUAAACCAACUAUGUCCAACAGGUUAGUCACAUGACUUUGGAGUGGGAAUCUCCGCAUGAAAAGGACAACUGGACUUUCAAUGUAGAAUUAGAAAUCAUUCAGUACAUUUCCAUGACACUUGAGAAAACCAAAUUAUCGCCUUAUUCCGAUUAAGACCAGACAACUGAAGUUCAAACACCUUAGUCCUACUAUAAUCAGAGUUUGAGAACUACGAUUGGAGUCGCAGAACUCGGAUUAUACCCAGAUAAUGUGAUUGGAAUUCAAUUUUCUCUACCAUGUAACCAGCGUAGUCUGAGAGUGAUCGGAUAAUACAUGUGCGCGUGAGCCACGCCCCCGUAACCCUGGAAAAAAAACACUGCGUCUUAUCUGCAGAAAAAGUAGCGCGUACAUUAAAGGUGGGAGAAAAAAUCGAUUCACCUAGGUAUCGCUAUUUUUUGUUUUACAAUUUUUAAAUCGAUUUCUAUGUUCAAAUUUUUUUUAUUUUUAUUAUUAUUAUUUUUUUCAAAUUUAAGAAAUAAGGUCCUUUCACACCGGGACUGUUUUUUACGUGCGAUUAUUUUGGACAUCAAUAUUUUUUUUUCGAACCUGUAUCCUGUCAUUACAAGCAUUCACAUCAGCAACAUUUUUCUGCGAUAUUGCGGAAUUAAUUUUUUCGUAUCAUGGUCGAAUUUUCUUAAGUUUCGCAUACUGUGUGUCCACUUCGGACCAAUCAGAUUUUGUGUUGUUGCGACGUCAGAUUCCCCCGUAUAUCCAACAUAGCCGACCAGAUGAUUGUUAACGUGUCGGAGAACAGAGUGCUUUUUGAUAAAAAACACAAAUAUUACAAAGAUAACGACCUGAAGGACAACUUGGGGAGACUUAUAGCGUCGGAUUUCUCAUAUGACGAUGUUUUGUGUGCUUUAACAGUUUGCUAAAUGUCUUUGUUUUAACUUUCAUCUGUGCUAACGUAAGCUAAUGGUUGUUACUAUAGUUUCAUGUGCUUAUCUUAUCGCCUCUGAUUGGCUAUAAGUGCUGACCAUUUGGCUUGAGCAUGUGAUGAUGUUUCUAGCUUUUCUAGCCAAUCAGAUGCGAAGGGGGCAGGACAUUUCCCGGGAAAAGUCUUCCCCGGGAUGUGUCUUUUCCCCCCGGAAAGUCGCAAAAUCGCAUUGGGCUUGAUGUGUUUUGUCAGGUACGUCAAAAUUCACCUCAGAAUAUUUCAUAAUUUUACGUUCUAUAUUUGCGUCGUCCCUGGUGUAAAAAGACCUUAAAUCUUAAAAACUGACUUACUUGUGAUGUGUAUUUUUUAAGGGAAAUUUGGUUCCUGGAAUAGUCAGUAGACAUUCAUAAUCAUUCAACUGUUUUAUUGGUGUUUAAAUUGCAGACUAAAUAUCAAGAAAACCGGCUUUAUCGUAGAAUCACAAUUUUAAUCGAAUUGGCAUCCAAAAAAAAUGUAGAGGAAUCGGAUCGGGAGAAUAGCAUAUGGUCCCAGCUCUAACAUCCAUGAUGUAGGACAAAAACAACGCUGUACGAUGCUCCAUCUUCUUGCUCCAAAAUGCCCAGCAGCAGUUGCAGACACUUCUGACGUCUGGCACGGAGCUGCUGUUGUUGUUGACUGUUGUAUGGGGUCGGACACAGCGCAGCUGAAAAGACCCGUAUCGCCCCCUAGUUUUGGGGAGGAGGACACGUUCACAUCAAUAAUUCAAUUUUCUCAGCUGCAUGUAUACACGGACAAGGAAAGAAGUCCGAUUCAGAGAAAAAAACGAAUUUUGAGCUUAGUCCGAUUAAACUGUGCAUGUAAACGCACUGAGUGAUCUGGAAGACCUGUUCAGCUCAAAGUCCUAAACCUUGAUCAACUGAUGUGCACCAAUCAGAGAGAAGAUCUACAUCCUCAUUUCAAACCCUCCACAGACCUUCAAAUCCGUCAUCCUUUAGUGCGAGGAGAGAGCCGUACUGGACUCUUGUAGACCCAGAUCUCCUUUUUUAAUCAAUAAAAACUAAAUAGUCUUAAGACUGUAGUCGUUGGGGUUUAGGGCAGUCUGGUGCUCUCUUCCUGUCCUCUGGAUCAUGACUCAGUUCUCCUCAGACUUCAAACAGAGACCAGAAUCCCUCCCUCCCUCCCUCCCAGAUUCUGCAUUAAUUUUCAAAAAUCUGUUAAUAAAAAUUAUGUAAAAGCUCGUCCUCUUCUCUCUCUAUGGAGGCUGAGAGCGGAGGCGGCCCCAUUAUAGGAUCUGAAAGAAAGAAAAAGGGCUUCUUUUAGUUCCUCGUAGCUGCAGGUGGUAUCUCCUCUCAAACAGUUUUUUUCCUGAUUUUUUUUACUGCAUUUUCCUGAAUUUUUUUUCCCCUGAAUUUUCCUUUUUUUUCCCUGAACUUUCCAGAUUUUUCCUGAUUUUGUCUUGAAUUUUCCUGUUAUUUUUUCCUGAUUUUUUUCUAAAUUUUUCCUGAUUUUUUUUCCUGAAAUUUUCUGCUGUUUUCUGCUGAUAGUUUUGUUGGAUUUUUUGGACAUCAGAUCUCUAUUUUUUAAACUGUGUUUGUUUGUGUUUGGACAGGGAGUCCUGAUAUUAGGUUUUUAUCUGAAAAGCCAAUAUUCACACUGAUAUUGAUCCAGUUAGUUCCUGUUAUUAUACAGAUUGAAUAUCCUACUAGUGCUGGGCGAUAUGGAAAAAAAUGUAUAUCACGAUAUGGAUCAUUUUAUAUCACGAUAACGAUAUAUAUCACGAUAUAGCUAUGGUAUGCUUUCAGUUCUAUGAAAAAUUUAAGUGUAUACAGCUGCACUAGUACAGUACCAGUACAAGACCAGCACUUAAAACUAGAAAAAUGAAUAAAUAAAUAUGUGGCUGAAGUGCGUUCAUGUCUGUGCUCACCCAAAGUUAUGUAACACUUACAGAAAACGUUGAUAGUGUGAGCCGAAGCACUCCAUAAUAAUAAUAAUAAUAAUAAUAAUAAUAAUAAUAAUAAUAAUAAAUUUAAUUUGUAAUGCACUUUACAUUUACAAAAAAUCUCAAAGUGCUACAGUACACAGUAAAAAAAGAGCAGCAACAAUAAAAAAAGCAAUAGAAUGACAGUCACAGAUUAGCAUAAAAAAGAAUUUAAAAAAAAUUAAAUAUAUAGAGUUGCAAUGUAAGAGGCAAGGUAGUAAAAGCAUAAAGCAUAGAGGAAAACUAACCAAAGGCUUUAUUAAAAAGGUAGGUCUUUAGGGCUCUUUUGAAGAGGUUGUUCACACUGCUGGAUGUUUCUCGCAGCCGCGCUCCCAGCUGACAGGAAGUCAAACCGCUGUUGUAGUUCUUUUGUGUUGCUAGCGCGGUCAAGAGUGUUUGCUCUCACUGAGAGAUGACUACAAAAAUGGACGCACCUGUUCAUCUGGUUGUUAAACACGGCUGAAAAUGAUCAUAUUUAGGGCCCGAGCGUAGCUGCUAAGCAGCUGCGAGAGCCCUAUUAUUCCCCAAGGGGUUUUUCUUUGUUUCUUUUUUCUUUUUCCUCCCCUUUGAACUGGAAAAUGGCCCACUUCCCACUGGCGAAAACUCAUGAAAUUUGGCAGGACGACCGGGCCUGGUGAAAAAUUUGAUAUUUCGAAGUCGCCCAAACAAGAAAAUGCAAAAUGGCUCCAUAGCGCCCCCUAAGGUGAAAAUUCACACUAUUGAGUGUCACGCCUGUACGCUUUGUCAAAAUGACACAAAAUUUGACACACACAUGUAUCUCAAUAAGAUCUACAAAAAAGUCAGUGCGGGCGUAUCUGUCAAAUGUACGGUUAAAGGGUUAUUUCGCAUUUUUUGCCGAUCCGCACACAUUGGAAUUUCGCUAACUCCUCCGAAGGCUUUCGUUCCACCGGCACCACAUUUGCUCAGGCCAAUCUACACCCCAUGGCCAUUAAAAGUUAUUCAAAUCAUGACGCUGCACCCCACGGUUUAGGUUCUAGGGGGCGCCAAAGAUAACCCUAAAAUCCACAUAUUUAAAAGUCUUAUAACUUUUUAUUUUUGCCCUCACUGGCCUCCAAGUUUUCUAGGAUGAUGCAAUGUCCAGCCAUCAACACAUUUGUGAAGGAAUUUUUACUCCCCAAAAGAGCGCCCCCCCAUGGCAGGAGAAAAAAGUCCAUUUUUUCUUGUCCCCUAAGGUGAAAAUACACAUUGUUGAGUGUCACGCCUGUACGCUUUGUCAAAAUGACACAAAAAUUGACACACACAUGUAUCUCAAUAAGAUCUACAAAAAAGUCCAUGCGCGCGUAUCUGUCAAAUGUACGGUUAAAGGGUUAUUCAGCAUUUUUUGCCGAUUCGCACACAUUGGAAUUUCGCUAACUCCUCCGAAGGCUUUCGUUCCACCGGCACCACAUUUGCUCAGGCCAAUCUACACCCCAUGGCCAUUAAAAGUUAUUCAAAUCAUGACGCUGCACCCCACGGUUUACGUUCUAGGGGGCGCCAAAGAUAACCCAAAAAUCCACAUUUUUAAAAGUCUUAUAACUUUUUAUUUUUGUCCUCACUGGCCUCCAAGUUUUCUAGGAUGAUGCAAUGUCCAGCCAUCAACACAUUUGUGAAGGAAUUUUUACUCCCUAAAAGAGCGCCCCCCCAUGGCAGGAGAAAAAAGUCCAUUUUUUCUUGUCCCCUAAGGUGAAAAUACACAUUGUUGACUGUCACGCCUGUACGCUUUGGCAAAAUGACACAAAAAUUGACAAUCAUGUGUAUCUCAAUUAGAUCUACGAAAAAGUCAAAGAGCGCAUAUCUGUAUAAUGUACGGUUAAAGGGCUAUUUUGCAUUUUUUGCCGAUUCGCACACAUUGGAAUGUGGCUAACUCCUCCUAAGGCUUUCGUCCCACUGACACCAAAUUUGCUCAGGCCAAUCUACACUCCAUGGCCAUUCAAAGUUAUUCAAAUCAUGACGCUGCACCCCACGGUUUAGGUUCUAGGGGGCGCCAAAGAUAACCCUAAAAUCCACAUAUUUAAAAGUCUUAUAACUUUUUAUUUUUGCCCUCACUGGCCUCCAGGUUUUCUAGGAUGAUGCAAUGUCCAGCCAUCAACACAUUUGUGAAGGAAUUUUUACUCCCCAAAAGAGCGCCCCCCCAUGGCAGGAGAAAAAAGUCCAUUUUUUCUUGUCCCCUAAGGUGAAAAUACACAUUGUUGAGUGUCACGCCUGUACGCUUUGUCAAAAUGACACAAAAAUUGACAAUCAUGUGUAUCUCAAUUAGAUCUACGAAAAAGUCAAAGAGCGCGUAUCUGUAUAAUGUACGGUAAAAGGGCUAUUUUGCAUUUUUUGCCGAUUCGCACACAUUGGAAUGUGGCUAACUCCUCCUAAGGCUUUCGUCCCACUGACACCAAAUUUGCUCAGGCCAAUCUACACUCCAUGGCCAUUCAAAGUUGUAAAAAUCAUGACGCUGCACCCCAUGGUUUACGUUUUAGGGGGCGCCAAAGAUGACCCAAAUAUACAUUACAGUAGACAAAGUAGUUUUGCCCACUGAGUGGCGCCAAAGGGACUUGUCUGUGGAGUCUGUGAGUCACUAUUGGCCGUUUUUGACUACUUUAGAUUUUACCUUUAUAUUUCCUCUUACAAAAUUUUUACCUUGCCUUGCCUGGUAUCAUUUUUUUCAGCACAACCUCACCUGUGUCAAUUUACAGUUAUUUUAUCAUUUUGACAUACUAUAUUUACACAUUGGACCCAAAUUCACACACAAAACAUAAAAUCCGAGUGGAAAAAAGUAACGUUUUUACUGUGAAAACCACAAAUAUGUGUGAUGAACUGUUUUUAAAACUUAAACUUCAAAUAAAAAUUGUAAACUUCAAAACAUAUGCAAAUUUUUAACAAAGAACAUAGUAAUUUACCUCUAUUUACAUCAAAAUGCAGGCAAUGGCCCAGGUGUUCUUUGUAAAAUUAUUUACAAAACACUGUAUAGUCUCACAAAUGUCACUUUUUAUUUAUGCCACUACAAAAAAACAUGAUGUAAAUGAUGCAUGAUGUAAAACAUGAUGUAAAAAACUUGUGUAGAUCCUCCUCUAUGUUAGUCCAUGUGUAAUUUUUCCAUAAUUCUUUGUUUUUUGCAGCAUUUUUGUUAGUGUAACUGCAGAUUGUGCUGACAGUGUCUAUGGCAAAAAAAAAAAAAAACUAAAAAUGCCUCAACAUGAACCCCUGGUGGUCUCUGAGGGUGAAACCUGCUAACUGCUGCAGCUCUGUCAGCUUCAGUCUCCCAUGCAGAGCUCGGAGCGCAUGUGUGGCUCUGCACCCUUAGCAGCGUUGCUAACUCCUCAGUAAGGAAAGCCUGCUUCAUGUCAGAGUCUCUAAACUCCAGAAGAAGUCGAUAAAAGUCACUUUCUUUCUAAAAAAAAGUCGUUAGGGGGUCUGAAAAGUCAUCGAAUCUAACAACAAAGUCGCUAGGUUUGCAACUACGUGUCCCAGACUGCAUCCCUGCUGAGAGUCCCUCCCUCCCUUCUCAUAUUGCAGGAAGAACGUAAGUGCCCGCCCCUUGUCAAUCAGUCACCAUAUAAUUUUGGAUUGGUUGUUGUGGUGAAGUUUUCCACCAAUAGGAGAGAUGUUGUGGUGUGUUUUUUUUUUCCUUUGGCAAGCCUUUUCCGCCUGUAAGACCUGUCGCUAAUGUCUGCAUGCUAUGUUUUCCUGUCUCAUACAGCGCGAUCGAGCGCAGAACGUGAUCAAAAUAAGCAGAAAACAAGUAUCGCGGACAUAAUUUAUCAUAACUCUGGUUUUAUUUGGCCUAUCAACACAAUUUAAAAACUGGUAUAUAGGUUGAGGUCCUCACUUUUGAGAUAAGUUGAAACGGAGAGUCAACGAGGCUCCGUCUUGCAGCUACAUCCGGUUAAAUAUGUCAUGUGACUUGAACGCACACACACACACGCACACACACACACACACACACACACACUCAGAGUCUGGUUUUUAGCACCUGCAAAAACAUGCUAUUUACAUAUUUGACAAGAAUGCAGAGGCUCCUUUUGCCCCUGAAAAAAAUCAAAUUUCAAACACAACUUGACUGGUCAUUUCUCCAAAAGACAACCAUGAAGCUCCAUCCAAACCUGAAGCAGGCAGUUGGUGCAUGUGUACAGUAACCUGAGGGGAGUGAGGUGACUGCUUCUGAGGAGAACAUGAGCAGUGAAGAUUCACCUUAGAGCUAGAACAGAGACGUGCACAUGAUUAUACAGGGGCAGGGGCUCAAGUUUUUUCCAGUUGUUUAUACAAUAUGGAAAUUCAUGUGAAAUUAAAAAACAAAGUAUUAAUAGAAAGGUAAUGACUGUCCUGUGUAGGUGACAGUGAUAUCCAAUAGGCUAGGCACUCACGAGGCUGGCUGUGGCAAGUGUAAGUGAAAGCAACACGCACUGGCAGGAAGAACAGCAAACGCCGAUGGAGGAAAAGGGUCUUUGCAGUGAUGGGCGUUACCAGAGAGGGCGAUGGCCAGAGGAAACAAAUGGGACGGGGAGGCAGCGCGUUGGGGGGGGGACGCGACACAGCUCGGGCCCGCCAGUGCCCCAACGGGGUCCUAGUUUAAUGUUGUUCCCGCUCCUGCCCACUCCCGUUGCUUUUUUUCCCGUCCCGUCCCGAUCAAGGGAUUAAUAAAAAAAUGACUCCUAUCCCGUGGGAUUCCCGGGGGAUUACGCGACCCACGGGAAUUCCCGAAAAAAGUCAUCCUCUACAGGGAAGGUCCCGGAGCAGAUGAAACAGGUGCCGGAGCGGCUGAAAUAGGUCCCGGAUCCGAUCAAAAGAGGUCCCGGAUCGCGCUCCGACUUGCUCCGGUGGAUCUGUGCAGUCAGGGUCUCAGGUGGACUCAGUCUCAUUAAAAAAGUUCUGAACAGACUUUUGAAGACCUGACUCUGGGCUGAGAUAAAGUGGUUCUGGGUUUGGUUUUUGGGUCUGGUGUUCCCCUCUGUAGUGGUGCUCAGAGAGAGAACUUUCUAAUCCUGGACCUAGAUCUUUCUGAAAACUUUAGUCCUGGUCCAGAUCCGCCCUUCUGUCCUCUCAGUAAACUUUUUCUUCAGUGUUUUUUGACCCGCCUCUCUCUGCCCGUCUGUCUGUGUUUGUAGCGGUGCCAUAUCCUCCCGGUAACCGCCUGUCGGUCAAAGACCUGUACGUGGACGGGAGGCCCAGUGUGGAGAACCUGAAGGCCCACCUGGUGAAGGAAGGUCGGCUGGAGGAGGAUGCAGCUCUGCGGAUCAUCAACGAGGGCGCCAGCAUCCUCCGCCAGGAGAAAUGCAUGCUGGAGGUGGAGGCUCCCAUUACAGGUACACCCCCGUCUGUGUGUGUGAGAGCAGGAGUCUAUUUCUACAGCUGCCCUCUCUGACAUGUGGCUUGGUAUCCACCCUCCACCCUCCUCACCCUGACUAUUUUUACUUCCUCCUUCUCCUCCUCCUCACUCCGCCUCCUUUGUCUUCUCCUCCUCUCAGUUUCAUAUUUACAGUUUUUUUUGUCCCUAAAUUUAUUUGAUCAAAAUAUGAAUAAAGCCAUCAAACCAGUUCACCUCAAAGUUUGCCCACAGUCACUGAAGUUUCACAGAAAAAAUGUCAGACCUUCAAAUAUUCGAGUUUAACUCCUUCUGAAGUUUGGAGUUUGGAUCGCGUCGAGAUGUUUUUUUCGUAACUUUGACUUUAAUAUUUGAGCGUUUACCAGACCAAAGUUUUAUGGACCUGUUUAAAACCUCUGAAGUUUAAAUCAUCUACAGAACAGUCAGGAUUACAGAGAGAGGAGGAUCAGAUGGACUGAGGUCAGCAGGUCAGAGUGGGGCUGAGGUCUAAAUGAGGUCCCUUUAGGGACACAAUAAACCCAGAUCUCCUGAUCCAGUACAGCCUAAAACCAAAACCACGUUCUGUUCCUUAAUAAAGUUUUUCUGUUUUUAACCCCCAAUUUCCACCACAUCCUGAACGUCUAAAAAAAGGUUGUAUCCUCUGAACGUUAACGUUCAAGUUAACGUCAAUUUCCACCGCCUUCUUUCCGUUCCUCUGUGGAUUGCCAGACUCCUCAGCUGAUCGCAAGAGUUCUAUUUUUUCUGGACGCCGGAGCAUGCCUGAUAAAUUCAGCACAGAUUAACCCGUGCUGGAAAGGAAGUCUGGCACAGACACAAAAUAAAACAUCUGGCUUCUUUUCAAAAUAAAACACUCACUUUCAGGAGGAUCGUAUUUCACACCAUGCAAAUGAGCGGAGACUAAAAGUGAAAGGUUUUUAGACGUCAUUUCACCCCAAUGACACCAUGGAUGAGGAGAUGCUGAUUCUAGAAGUCUAGAAGUAGAUUUCCUCCUCUGGGAGGACACAAUCUACUGCUUGUAUGUCUAUGUGUCUGUCUUUAUUGAGACAACUCAUUAUCGCGCGGUUGAACGUGAACCGUGGUUUCUUUUGAGUUCUCGCGAUUCCUGCUGUCUGUAAUCUGCCAUGAAAUUCAUCUCACAAAUGGAUCCAGUAGGAAUUGGCGGACGGUGAAAAUCGCUGCCGUUCCGGAUCGGAGCUGUUUUGGAUGCGGUGGAAAUUGGGGGUUAAACAGAAGCUACAAAGACCAGGAAAACACUCAGGACUAGUUUUAGACCCAGGAUGAUGAGCCCCCCUUUGUGGUCAUCAGAGCCUGAUCCUGGUUGAUGAAGAGGACUGUCAGGCUGCUGUUAGACUGCAUGUUUGGACUGAACUAUAGUGGGCUAAAAGUCCAUCCCUGCAGCUCUGUAGAGGUGGUCUCACCUGGACAGGUGUACUUCAGAUGUUGUGGGGCAGCAAACACUCAGAGCUCUAGGCAGAGUUUUACUGCAACUUUAUCGGCUGUUUAGGACAAGUGUGGGGAUCUCUCUCGUGUGUCUGACAGUCAGACCCUGUUGGUCAAACUGCUGUCUCCACCUGAAGAAGCCUUUGAUCAAACAGCAGACGGACAGACAGAUGAGGGUUCGAAUUCCUGCUGUAUUCAGGGAAACGGCAGAUCUUUGAAAAGGUUUACAACGUUUUUUAAAAUGUUUCAAUUAUUUAUAUGUAUAUAUAAGUGUGCAUGCGUGUGUGUGUGUGUGUGUGUGUGUGUGUGUGUGUGUGUGUGUGUGUGUGUGUGUGUGUGUGUGUGUGUGUGUGUGUGUGUGUGUGUGUGUGUGUGUGUGUGCAUGCACGUGAAUUCUGAAAAGGUCCAAACUCUCCAUCAGUGGGUUUUUUUCAUGAAGUUCCUCUAAAUCCAUGUUUCUCUGUUUCCAGUGUGCGGAGACGUCCACGGACAAUUCUUUGACCUGAUGAAGCUCUUCGAGGUGGGCGGGUCUCCCAGCAGCACCCGUUACCUGUUCCUGGGCGACUACGUGGACCGAGGGUACUUCAGCAUCGAGGUAGGAGGCCGCCGCCAACGCCUCUCUCGUAUUUGUAUUUCUGACAUUUGGAGCAGGGCUUAGUCCUGCGUCUUUAAAUAGUCAUAGGAAAUGAAAGGCACACUGUCUGCUGACACACACAUUUAAACACACACAAGUGUACUCACACACACACACGCCUGCCUUCAGCCUCGGUGUGAGUGUGUCCCGUUUCCAAAACAGUCAGAGUGUUCUGGGUGUGUGGAUCUGUGGACGUCUUUAUGAGCUGCAGGGAGGAUAAGUGAACAUCCUGGAUCAGCUCCUCCUGUCAGAACCACAGAGACGGACCUUCAGUAAGUUGGUCAGAGUCUGGACUGAGAAUUGGACUGAGAACUAUGAGAACUAGACUGAGAACUAUGAGAACCAGACUGAGAACUAGACUGGGAACGAGACUGAGAACUAUGAACACUAGACUGAGAACCAGACUAAGAACCAGACUAAGAACCACACUGAGAACCACACUGAGAACUAUAAGAACUAGACUGAGAACUAUGAGAACCAGACUGAGAACUAGACUAAGAACCAGACUGGGUACUAGACUGAAAACCACACUGAGAACUGUAAGAACGAGACUGGGAACUAGACAGAGAACUAUGAGAACCAGAGAGAACUGGACUGAGAACUAUGAGAACUAGACUGGGAACUAGACUGAGAACUAUGAGAACCAGACUAAGAACUAUGAGAAACAGACUGAGAACUGGACUGAGAACUAAGAGAACUAGACUGAAAACUAUGAGAACCAGACUGAGAACUAGACUGUGAACUAUGAGAACCAGACUGAGAACCAGAAUGAGAACUAUGAGAACCAGACUGAGAACAGGACUAACCCUCCUCGACUGAGGAAAGGGUUAAAUCAGCGGUAUAGAUCCUCCGCAGAAUAGCUCCUCUUCUUCUUAGAGCAGCUCACAACAUCAUCAGGUGACCAGGAUGGAGGAAGACUGAAGGCGGUCACAGGAGGAACCAUCUGGUUGAAAACACUAAAGACUCAAACAUGAGGGACUCUGGAGGACCCACAUGUAUGUCUGGAGGUCAGGACUCUUACAGAACAUGUACACAGAACACGGACCCACAUGGUCUGCAGCAUGACGGGACAGGACAUCCUAUAAUCUCGACCUGAUGCUCAGAACCACUGCAGGAAUUAAACGAAGUUCAGAUCAUAUAGAGACUCUUCCGACAUCAGCUAAUCAGUUUUGAUUUCCUGAUCAAUAUUGAUCCAGACUGUCCUGCAGUCAGACUCCUGUCCUUGCAGCUGCUGCUCCUCCUCUGGUUCAAUUCAACACAACUUCAGAAACAUCUCAGAUAGGGCUGGGCGAUAAAACGAUAACAGUAGAUAAAUCGAAGAGGAAUUUCCCUCAAUAUCAAUAUAAAACAUGGUCGAUAUGCUUUUUCGAUAGUCAGCAUUAAAAAAGAGAAAAAUGCGUUCUCCAGGAUUUAACUGGAUCGUGAUAAACUUUUUCCCAUAUCGCCCAGCCCUACUUUCAGAGUUUCAACCAGAUUCUCCCGUCCGCUCACAUUGACACAGACUAGAGACGUCAUCCAGAAAGCCUCUGGGCUUUCAGAAGUUUGCAUGAAGCCUUGUUCAGUUUCAGAGAUCUGCAUGGCGCUCUGUGUUUGCAGACCAAGAUGGAAGUCUGAAAAAAGCACGAUCAUCACACUCCUCCUGUCACUCUCUGUGAAAUUUUCAGUGAUCGCACUACAAUCUUGCAAAUCCUCCUAAAGAAUGAAACCUGCGACUUUACCAUGAAACCAUCAGAACAGGGCUCAGAGUAUAUAAAACCGGAUCUUUGAGAAAGGCCGAUAAAGAACUAAAAAUACAGAACCAUCGGACCACAGAGAGAGAGCCAGGGUUGAAUCUGAACGUCAGAAUCCGGGUCAGACUGAUUCUAGAGGAACAGGCGCUCCAUUGAACCAGAUUAAUUUAGACCUCCGUUAUCUCCAGACCGCUCCAACUAGCAGAAAAUUGUGUGUCACAGACACAUGCUCUAUUUUAGGACUCCCUCUGAAGUACCGAGGGGCAUCUGAACCUCUGUGGAAACCACGGCAACAAGGAGAAGAAGAAAUGAGGUCCAUGUACUGUUUACAGUGACCCACUUGACCACACGGGUCAAACGCACACAAACACACAACAUGUGUGACCCUCAGGUAACAGUGAACGAAGGAUUUUCCCUGAAAGAGUUCCUGUUUCAGCUCACAGUCCAGAAAGUGUUGUAUAAAUCUGUGUGUGUUUGUGUGUAAAUCUGUGUGUGUAUUGCUGUUGUGUUAAAGUUAAAGCCUCACAGCCUCCUUUACCCGUCCAACAAACCAGCAGGAGAAGUUUGUCUACAUAGUGGAUUCCCUAAGCCCAAAAAAUAAGCUGUAAACUUCAAGUCAUGCUACAAAUGUCCCCUUUGGUAUGGAAGUACCUUAGGGUCAUAGGAAACAUUUUAUCCAAAGAGACAAGUUAGAUCACCCUUCAAUUUUUUUAAAUCGCCAUUUUAAAAAUGGCCGCCGACAAUAAACCGCCAAUACACCAGACCCCGUAUCUUUGCUUCUGUUAGAGCUAUAAUCAUAAUAUUGGUGUCAAAGUGCACAUUUUUGGGGUCUAGGAAUUCAAUUAAAUAGGUUUCGAUGUAAAAAACCCAAUGCAUCAUUAAUUACCAUGACAACGGGGGUAAAAUAUGUAAAUUUCAUGAAAAAAUGUACGUUUUAACAGGGUAACUUACCCCCCCACCCCUCCCCCUAAACCGAGAUUUACUGUUCCUUUGGCAUGGAAGUACCUUAGGGUCAUAGGAAACAUUUUAUCCAAAGAGACAAGUUAGAUCACCCUUCAUUUAUUUUAUAGACAUUUUAAAAAAUGACCACCGACAAUACAUCACUAUUACACCAGACCCCAUAUUUUCACUUCUGUGAGAGCUAUAAUAUUAAUAUUAGUGUCAAAGUGUACAUUUCUGGGAUCAAGAAAUCCAUAUGAAAAGGUCUCCAGACUAAAAAAUAUAUAGUCUUCUCAUUACCCUCACAAUGGGGGUAAAAUAUGCACAUUUAAUGAACAAAAUAAGUGUCAAAAAGGUGACUUUAAAAAUGCCCCCCUAAAAAAGAAAAAGAAAAAAAGAAAAGAAAAAUGGUACAGCCUCUUAUGUACUCUAUGGGCUCUAUUUUCGUGCCUCGCCGGAGACGUGCCGCAGGCGCGGCGUAAGUCAGGUCCGCCGCGGCGACAAGGCGUUCCCAAGCACAAUUUGGUAUUUUGGUGAGCGGCGCAGCCCGGCGUAAGUAUCCCCCCUCCCUAACUCAGCGCCUCCCAGCAGCGUAAGUCGUAGGAAGGGAGGAGAGAGGGCGUGGAGUGGGUUUAACACAGCCGAGACCUGUUUUCACCAAUCACAUAAGCUCCUCUCCUUGCCUUUAAAUCCGCCACCGGCGAGGCUUAGUACAAUUUUCGGGAAGUAGUCAGAGAGAUGUCUGAAGACAGUUAUGCCACACAAUGGUGACAGAAGGCAGCUCCUCAACAGGUGUCACUGUAAGCGCUGCAUUGGGCGUCCUCCACACUCUCUCAUCUGAGCACAGAUGGAUUUGGUGUGUGUAAUGUUGGACCCACUGGUAAGACAAACACCCUUUUCCACAAAUAAAGACACUCACAUAAAGUUGCAUAUAUUCAAACCUCACGUGACAAAGGUGGGUUGUGCACACAGAUCACAACAUUAACUCCAAAAAUGGCAUUAAAAUCGGAACCAUCUGUGCGUAAAUGACGCAUCGCGCUCUGUGGCCUGGCUCUUUCUUUCAUAGAUGUUGGCAUAUAAAAUAAAUUUGCCUCACAAAACUGAAUAUUAUAAUAUCCGCAUGUAGGCUUAAAGUAAAUAACUCAUCUGAUCACUGAAACAAAUCAUCUGUUCAGCCACUGCAGGACGGAGAGAGGACACGGAGACAUGUCCAGGUUGAGCUGCGCGAGAAAUAAGAGGAAGAAAGAAAAGGAGGGAGACGAAUCACAUAUCUUGUUAACUUCAUCAUGUGUGUUUAUUUACUAGAUACUUAAUUUAAUGCAGUUUCAGCUGUGUUGAUUCGGUCAGGUUGUGUCUCGAAACGCAUGCCAAACGUGCUCAUCAGAUCAGAUAUAGAUCAGAAUAUAUCUAUAUAGAUCUAAAUGUAUGUACUAACUCAGAUUAUUAGUUGUUGAUGAUUAUUUAUUGCACUGAAAUGUGCCUGACACUGUGGAAACCUGCCGGUGAGGCAUCAGUGACGUAUGCCGAUACGCCGCCAGUCUACCAAAAUACCUCUAGACCAGCUGCGUUUCGCUUGCGCUGAAAGCUGACCAGGUUUGAAUCGGCGAGCUUUCAGCGCACUUUACACGCCACUGGCGAGCACGAAAAUGUCACUGCGCCCGCUGAUUCUGUCGAUACCUCCCCCUGCCACCACGCCCAGCUUGGCGGAUCUCGGUUCGCCUCCGUGCGCUUCAGUCCACGAAAAUACCAAACUGGCUGUACGCCGGGCUCCGCCAGACAAAAAUACAACUGUGCGGGGUCCGCCGCCCUCCGUCGCCUCACCAGCGUACACGAAAAUAGAGCCCUAUGUGUCUCUGUCUGACUGCAUUUGUAUCUGUCUGUAUGACUGCUGAGUGUUACACCUCUCGUAGCCAGUUGCUGCCACAAAACAUGAAUUCUAUACCAGGGUCUGUGACAGCUGGAUGAAAUCAGAGGUGACAGAAAAUCUGAGACACUUUGAGGUUCAGUUUGAGGUUUGUAUUACUUUCCUAUUGUAGCGAUUUCAAAUUCAAAAUAAAUGUCGAAAAUUAAUCAAAUUAAAUUAUGACAUUUAUGCACUCGUUGAAGGGGCACCACCCACCUUUCUGGUGGGAAAGGGACGAAACAAAGUUCAAUUGAGUAAUUAAACGUUGGAUCAGUCUUAAACAGAUUUAAAUCAGUCUCUCAUCUGAGGCCGGAAUUCUUCAUUCAGGGACUACUUUCUGAAAGACCACUAAGACGACAACUUAAAAUUAAAUGGACAAUUUAUUAACAAGCUAUAUGAUAACAGAACGUCAAUAAAUGAUGAUCAAAUAAUGAGCAAAUCAAAGCACAUCCAAUGAAUAAACGAAGGAAUGGUUUAAAUUAAACCUAAGACUGGAGGUUAAUAAUAGUGAGUGAAUAAAGGGGAAAUUUAACCUACGUUAACGGAGUUACGAGGGUAAAUUAAAAAGGAAUUUGGAGAACUAAACUAUAACUUAUGAGAGUAAGCUACUGAACGGUUGACGGCAUCACCCAGUUCUCAUCACAGCAGUUUCGAUGAUUUAGCCUACUUUGGACGUCGGUUCUCAGCGGCACCCUUGGAAUGGAUCAGCUGAAGUUCUGUGGCUACCGUACCGGAUACUGAAGGUUCGGCGGGGAGUUCUUCCGCCGUGUCUGGAUCUCAGCUUCAGGACCGUGUCAGCGCCGUUAGAUACUUCGGAUCUCUGGGCCUCUCGGAACCAGGUGGCAAAGCAGCUUGGCAGAUGAUGCUGGUCGGCGUUCAGGACUUGCUUGGUUGCAGAUUAAUUCGCGCCAAUAACUUAAGAAAAUAAUUUCGCUGGCCAGCCGAUAUUAUCUUCAGGAGUCACUUUAGCGAACAAAAAUAAAUAAAAAGACUUAGACUGAGGUUAUCUUAUGCGCGCAGCUUGUUACUGAGGCUUUAAAGGGACUUUGGAAUGUUUCGUCCAAGUUUAGAAGAAAAAUCUGAGCUUAAGGCAAUUAAUAAAACGCGGGGAAAAAUUGCGAACGAUAGACGAAGACAAAAGAAAACUAGACGAAGACAAACUAAACAAGACUAAAACAAAACAAGACUGAAGAGGCGGCAAAAUCUCAACUCUUUUAAGCGAUUCACCGUAGGCGUGAACCAAAGAUGAGAAAAGGGGGGGAGACCUCCCCAAUGCAGCCCAUCGACUGGCAGCGAAUUAACUCAACUUGAUAGUAAAAGCGAGCUAGAUCUAAUUUACUCACUCACUAUGAUUAAACUGUUUGUAACAUCACAUACGAUCACAUUUCACUUCAUUGUUUCUUAUGAGCAGAUGCAUUAAAGCAUGACAUUGAAAACAGUAAACUUUUGAUCGGCUGCCUUCUUGAUACUACAGAGGAUUAACGACUUUUAAAAGUUAGAGAGGGACAGAAAACAAAUUAUCUAUUCGAACAGAAACACCAUCCAGCAUAAGAAACACAUACGUAAUAAUAUUUGACAACACUAUAACCUUGUCAAUCAAGCUUCAUAGAUGAUUAAUAUAGAUUUGUGUGAGGUAGACAAAACAUAGUAUGGAUACAUUCAGAAACUCUUAACUUGAGUCUAAACGAGUUUCACGUUACUACUUCUAAACUACUAGCCUAUCUUGGGAAUACCAUUUACUAAGCUACGAAGUGUAUAACAAAAGGAAAGAAAUACACGUGAUUAGAUUCCUGCCAUUUGGCUCUGAUCAAACCAUAUUCAAGCAUCACCACUAGGAGGAGCUCUUGAUCCAUGGAAAACCUGGAAUAAAUUUGUGAAGUUAACAGUUUGGCUUGUGGAUAUGCUACAAAAUUGGGAAAAAGACCAUUUCAUUAAGAAUGUGGUGUGCAGACAGAAAAUUCUGGUGACAUGUCCAUUAAACAUGAAGUUAAACAAUUUUCAGGCAUCCUCUUCCUUCUGCUCAGUAAAGAAAGCCAUGGAGAUUUUAUGGCAGGUAUCUGGUUUUUCAGACUUGGCGCCAAAUGCUUUGUUUUCCUUUUAGGUCAAUGGUUAAUCCUGAAGUGUCAAUUCUGAUCUUUCCCAGCCAGGGAGAAAGGCUCCGUGUUUAUGGGUCUGUGUGGUUGAUAAGCAACUUGUCCUUUUGGGAAGCAUUAAAGAUUCACUAUCACCUCCCCAAUGGUUUCUUGGGUCGUAAAUGGGAACUUGGUGUGCAAACCGUUACUCCCCCAUUUCCUGUCCAAACCAGGGGAGCCUGCAUUCCUUUGAGGGGUGAAUUCAAGGUGGAUAGCAGAAAGCAGUUGUCUCAUUACAAUAUUUAAUACAGAAGAUACUCAAGAGAUACUCAAGAGAAGUUUUAUAAGUGGUGGAGAAAGUUUACAGGAGAGUCCCGAGUGAUCAGUGUACGAUGCAGCAUCCUGCCUUCGUCUGUGGGGCAUUGCACCUAAAAACGCACAGAUUACGAACACUUUACACCCGGCUUUUUGCAAAGCUGGGAAAUGUAGUCUUUGGAAAGAUUGAUGCCAAUCGAUUCAGUAGCUUCAAAUGACUGCAGACAUGGUUGACUUGUCUUUUUGGAUAAAAUCUUUCCUAUGGUCCUAAGGUACUUCCAUACCAAGGGAAAAGUAAAUCUACGUUUAGGGGAAGGGUUGGGGGGGUAAGUUACCCUGUUUAAACAUACAUUUUAUAAUGAAAUUAGCAUAUUUUACCCCCCGCUGUCAUGGUAAUUAAUGAUGAAUUGGGUUUUUUGCAUUGAAACCUAUUUAAUUGAAUUCCUAGACCCCAAAAAUGUGCACUUUGACACCAAUAUUAUGAUUAUAGCUCCAACAGAAGAAAAGAUAUGGGGUCUGGUGUAUAAGCGGUUUAUUGUCAGCGGCCAUUUUUAAAAUGGCUAUUAAAAAAAUUGAAGGGUGAUCUAACUUGUCCCUUUGGAUAAAAUGUUUCCCAUGGUCCUAAGGUACUUCCAUGCCAAGGGAAAAGUAAAUCUACGUUUAGGGGGAGGGGUGGGGGGGAUAAGUUACCCUGUCAAAACGUACAUUUUUUCAUGAAAUUAGCAUAUUUUACCCCCCACUGUCAUGGUAAUUAAUGGAGCAUUGGGUUUUUUACAUUGAAACCUAUUUAAUUGAAUUCCUAGACCCCAAAAAUGUGCACUUUGACACCAAUCUUAUGAUUAUAGCUCUAACUAGGGCUGCAGCUAUCGAUUAUUUUAGUAAUCGAGUACUCUAUCGAUUAAUCUGUCGAUUAAUCGAGUAAUCGGAUAAGAAAUGUUUUGCUUUCACUGUAAUACUUUGCAUUGAAUCACGUUUGCCUCAGAGUGGACUUAAUGCAUGGACCGGGUGUUUUCUUUUAAGGUGCUGCAGCAUUGACGACGUGCUGUUGUGAAACGCCAACUCCGCCUUACAGUGAACGCACUGCACGGCGUUUUCUUUCCUUUUCAGUGUGUAAUGGUCCCACACUUUAGACACUUUCUGCCGUUUCCUCUGCGUGUCAUCUCUUUCUUCCUCUCUCUGUCUGUCCUCGUUUCCCUCCAUGAUUGAACCAAACGCGCCAUAGACAUAAUAAAAGAUAGACCCCGCAUCGGCCGCUACCACGAAUGGGCGCUGUCGAGAAAUGCGGCCGCCAUCUUGGUCCGGUCAUCCGCCUCACUCUGCACCGCUGUUUAACCGGCGGAAUGAAGUCCGAGCGCAUUAAUGAAUCAUAGUUCGCUCAAUACUACGUAAUUUUCUUCUCUGCAAACGCCAUUCAAAGAGGCAUGAUCGAGGCCAUAUUUUUUUUUGGCGUUUUCAAAUACUCAGAAUGAAUAAAAUGAUAUUUUAGAACAUGGCAGCAGUGGCUGUAUUAUAGUAUAACAAUUAAUCAAGGAUAUAUUUAGGUUUAGAGCUAGGUUCCUGCUAUGUCUCAAUAAUUAUUAAUAACUGGCGGUAUUAAUAGGCCAAUUCAAUAUAUAUUGAUUUGAUUAUAAUUUUUUAUAUAGUUUAAUUUUAUUUAUCCAUUUGUAGACACACACAAAUAAUGUCAUAUAGAAGCACUAUUUUAAUAACUGGAAAAUACACACAAAUAUAUAGCCUACAUAUCAAAAAGAUUUAAACACAAGAACAGCAUGACAGGACAGCAUCUAAACUACAUAUCAAUUUGCUUGUUGGCUACACAGCACAGAGGAAUCACUUGCUGCGAAUUUCUCCCUCUAACAGCAAUCUCCCACUUCUUCCUCAAGUUUUUGUCCUUAGGAAAUCUUCAAAAUGAAACAGGAGAUCAUCACAAAGAAAUCUUUAAUAAAACAGAUAAUAAAACAGAGCUCACUUUCUUCCUUUUUCUUUCUAUUUUAUUUCUUAACGUUUCUUAGAACCUCUCUCAAACAAAAGUUUUUCAAUCUAAUGCAAAUCUGUUGAUAAUCGACCAAAGUUGCUAUUAUUGUGAAUAAGCUAGCUGUUCGCAAAUGCUGUUUCCUUUUUGGAGUUGACCGAUAGUCUUCCUCUUUGGCCUACAAAUGACUCUACAGUCAAGUGUAAUGUUUAAAAAACGUUUAAUCAUAACUGUGAAAAGUUAUUUCUUGAGCCCUGUUCUCUGCUGUCCGCCUGUUGGCACAGGAAUACGCCGCACAGUGCUCCGGCAUCGCUGAAUGAAUGAAUAUGAUUGACCGGAGCGUAUGGGAAGCUUGACCUGACCAAGAUGGCGGCCGCAUUUCUCGCUGCGCAGCACCCCCAGCGGGGUCUACCCUUUUAUUAUGUCUAUGAAACGCGCGGCAGCGGAAGGAGCGGAAAGAGCACGCUGCUGCGCAACAGAAAUAACCGUCCGUGUCAAACACCGUGCGCUGCACAUGGUUCCGGAUUUAAACGAUUCCUCGAGGCAUAUAAUUUGCCUCAAGGAAUUUUAUUAAUCGAGUUACUCGAGUAAUCGUUUCAGCCCUAGCUCUAACAGAAGCAAAGAUAUGGGGUCUGGUGUAUUGGCGGUUUAUUGUCGGCAGCCAUUUUUAAAAUGGCGAUUAAAAAAAAUUGAAGGGUGAUCUAACUUGUCUCUUUGCAUAAAAUGUCUCCUAUGGCCCUAAGGUACUUCCAUGCCAAAGGAACAGUAAAUCUCAGUUUAGGGGGAGGGGUGGGGGGGUAAGUUACCCUGUCAAAACGUACAUUUUUUCAUGAAUUUAACAUAUUUAACCCCCCAGUGUCAUGGUAAUUAAUGAUGCAUUGGGGUUUUUUUACAUUGAAACCUAUUAAAUUGAAUUCCUAGACCCCAAAAAUGUGCACUUUGACACCAAUCUUAUGAUUAUAGCUCUAACAGAAGCAAAGAUAUGGGGUCUGGUGUAUUGGCGGUUUAUUGUCGGCAGCCAUUUUUAAAAUGGCUAUUAAAAAAAAAUUUAAUGGUGAUCUAACUUGUCUCUUUGGAUAAAAUGUUUCCUAUGGCCCUAAGGUACUUCCAUGCCAAAGGAACAGUAAAUCUCAGUUUAGGGGGAGGGGUGGGGGGGUAAGUUACCCUGUCAAAGCGUACAUUUUUUCAUGAAUUUAACAUAUUUUACCCCCCACUGUCACAGUAAUUAAUGAAGCAUUGGGUUUUCUUUACAUUGAAACCUAUUUAAUUGAAUUCCUAGACCCCAAAAAUGUGCACUUUGACACCAAUCUUAUGAUUAUAGCUCCAACAGAAGAAAAGAUAUGGGGUCUGGUGUAUUGGCGGUUUAUUGUCGGCGGCCAUUUUUAAAAUGUCUAUAAAAAAAAAUUGAAGGGUGAUCUAACUUGUCUCUUUGGAUAAAAUGUUUCCUAUGACCCUAAGGUACUUCCAUACCAAAGGGGACAUUUGUAGCAUGACUUGAAGUAAAAUGUGUCUUAGGGCCCCAACUAACAGUCUCAGAGAGAAAAGAGAGCAGUCUAGGUGCUGCAGGUCUAAGCUAACAGACACUUCAGGCCAGUCGGACUCCCACACACAAAUUUUUCAGCCUUUAGCAGCUCACUGUAUAUUUCUACUGAGUUUUGCCUCUUAGGUUUCCAAAGUUUUAGCACUUCUAGGUCUUAACUGUCUUUUUUAUGAGGAGAAAAUAAACUAAACUAUAUUUACAAGAGGAGAACAUAGUGCCAUUCACAGAGAAAAGAAAACUGUCCAUGUCGCCUCUAUCAAAGUUGUCCAUUUUUUUAAAGUAGUGUCAAUAGAUUUAUAUUUUUCCCACUUUCGGGGGUUUGUUUCUUGCUGGAGUGGUAGAGCGUGUUUUAGUUUCUCCAUUUCAUCAAGUUCUCCCACCAUGUCCAGACAGUUUUUCUGAUUAGGUAGAUUCUCCUUACGCUAAUUCCUCGUGAUGGCCUUCUCUGAUGCUGCAAGUAUUUCAGUCAAGUAUCUGUCUUUAGUUUGUACAUUUUCCUGCAUUAAAGGUCCUUUCACGCCGAGAACGUUUUUUUCGUGCCAUUAUUUCGGACGUCAAUAUUUUUUUUCGAACCCGUAUCCUGUCAAUACAAGUGUUCACAUCAGUGACGUUUUCCUGUCCUGCAAUAUUGCAGCAUUUAUUUUUCAUAUCACGGUCAAAUUUUCUAAAGCUUCGCAUACCGUGUGUCCACUUCUGACCAGUCAGAAUGCGCAUUGUUGCGACGUCAGAAUUCGCCUCUGAAUAUUUCAUAAUUUUGCAUCGUAUAUUUGCGUCGUUCCCAGUGCGUAAGGACCUUAGAUUGUCCAGCUACAUUACCUCAAAGGCCAUGGGGGGCUUGUAACCGAAUAUUUUUCUCAUUAUAUAAGGUGGAUUUUAAAGAAUGAAGACUAAUGCAGUAAAAGAAAUGUCUGAAUCUACCUGAGCGGUCUUCAGAGAUAUCAAACCUAAACACAAAUUUAUGAGAUAAAGUUAAAAUGAGUGUUUCUAAAACCUCUUCACAAAUUUAAACUCUGUUUUCUUCCUCAGCAUUAAAAGUCUCAUUUUAAGUUUUUUUCAGAUAAAGACCGGUCAUGGACUAAAACAGCUCUGUUCAGUUUAACUGUCCUAGUGUCUUUGACUGAAACGUUUCAUCCCACCAAAGUGGGACCUCUGAGAGUCAAACUUCUGUGAGAGUCAGGAAAGUUCAUAACAGAAUCAAAGAAAUCACAGAGAGGAGAGAGAGAGACUGAACCCGCUAACUCAGUCAGAGCAACUUAAAACAAGCCUGGAAUAAAGAAGAAACUACUGGAGGUCCAGAUAAUGAGAUUACAUAAGACUAAAGGCAGUUUACCCAGCAUGCACCAGUACACAAAAAUGUACCAACAAAGCUGUCUGCAUGGAUUUCAUAAAGAGAGCGCAGAUGAAGAGUGGAGCCAGAGUCAGUGAGAAAACUCUGUGAGGAGCUCUGAUUCUCUGUUCCUGUAACGUCCAGUUAAAUCACCUCACUGAUAAAUAUAUUAAAUUAAAACUCUGAUUAUCUGUUAGUUCAACAUCCUAUCAGAUCACCUCACUAAUAAAUCUAUGAUAAUAAAAACUCUAGUUAUCUGUAACGUCCUGUUAAAUCACCUCACAGUAAAAUAUAUGAAAUAAAAACUCCAAUUCUCUGUUAGUGUAACAUCCUAUCAUCUCACUCUUAAAUAUAUAUCAUAAAAACUGAUUAUCUGUAACAUCCUGUUAAAUCACCUCCCGUUAAAAUAUAAACUCUGUUUCUCUGUCUUCAUUUUCUCUUCAGUUUUAACCUUUUAACACGUCGACACUCUGCCUCUCUGAAACACUUAACACAUUUCUCUGCAAACUUCACAGCUUUUUUUCACAUGGCACAGAGAGUGUAGUCUAGUGUAGUCGUCAUCUGUAUUUAAGUGGUUAGUUUAAUUCACUUAGAGUGUCGUCGCUCUGCUGCUGCUGCUGUGUUUUUUUAUUCCGUUUUUAUUUAUGACACCUAGAAGAGAUCUGAACCAUCUGAGGACCAACACACAGAUUAACAGCUGACAGUCAGACUCAUUAUUAGGGAGGAGACCUCAGGUUAUCUCUCAUAAGUCUUGGUUUGGCCUCUGUGGUCCCUGAUCCCUCACUGUGGUCCCUGUGGUUUCUCCAGGUUUAGUCUAACUAGCUUCUGUCUCAGCCCACUAAAAACCUCAGAGAAGAUAACUUUGUGAAUGAGUGAUCUUCAGAUCCUCCCCUGUCGUCUUUGUUCGCUCUUCUUAUCUCUAACUUGCUGUAGAAACUCUGACGUUGUUGUUGUGUUUAGGUGUGUUGUUGGUGUGUUUUAGGUUUCGUCUUCUGCUCUGACCUCCUCUUGUUCAAACAGAGCGAGCUUUAGUUUGUGGUUUCUUGGACAUCUCCUCUCCGGUCUCUCAAAGCUCCUCCUGAGGGCCUUUCACCGCUCAUAUUUCUGUGUUUUUUGUUGUUGUGGUGAUACUGCGACAUUUCCACAGAGUUACACAUGAUGGUGAUGUAAUAGUGCUGCAGAGUGAGCCAGCCUGCUGGUUUCUGCAGGAACAGCUGGUCAGAUGCAGCUCCUGUUCUCCUCCUGUUCUCCUGUUCUCCACGCCUCCAUAAAACAGAAAUGCUGAAAUUGAACAGGUGGUUUAAAGCUGCACAAAAACACAGAGGAUGACUGACAGCUGAGAGACAGAGAGUGGGUUUGUUUGUUUGUUAGGAGCUCCAUAACCAGAACCAGAGUUUCUAUAAGAAUAAUGAUAAUAAUAAGGUACUGAGUGUUUUCUUGAAGCAGGAGGAAACUUCACGUCUUUUACUCGUUUCACUCAGUGUAGCAUCUGCAAUCAAUAAAUUGGAGUUGUUAUUGGACUCUAUGAAUAAAGAAUUAAUUAUUGAAUUAAGUGAAAUUUGUGUAAAAGGACGUUUCAGUUUUCCGAACACAGCUGAGCAGAAGUGUACGCCGAGGUUCAGAAGUUUUUUUGAAUUUUAGAUUUUCUGUUUUUUUUUUUUCUUGACUGGAGAAAAAGGAUCUGUUAAAUCUGCUGCUGACUAAACCAGUGCAAACUGACCUUAUCAGCGAGUCCAGGACUCUUAAAACCUGGUUUCUAAUGUCAGACAGGAAGUGUUGUAGAUGGUGUCGACACCGUCAGAUCCAGACAUCACCCUCUAGAUCAGGGUCUGAUUUAUGACCUGGUUAUUCCUAAUUAUAAACUGAUGAAAGUAAAUUAAAGUCAUGAUUCAAGCUGCUCUGUGAGACUCACCUCCCUCGUGUGUGUGUGUGCGUGCGUGCGUGCGUGCGUGUGUUUGUUUACCCCUGCAGUGUGUACUGUUUCUGUGGGCUCUGAAGAUCAACCACCCCAACACCCUCUUCCUCCUAAGAGGGAACCACGAGUGCCGACACCUCACAGAGUACUUCACCUUCAAACAAGAGUGUGAGUCCUGCAGCUUCUCUCUGGAAAAAAACCUCCACCCUGUGUGCGUGUGCGUGUGUGUGUGUGUGUGUGUGUGUUUGUGUGUGUGUGUGUGUGUGUGUGUGUGUGUGUGUGUGUGUGUGUGUGUGUGUGUGUGUGUGUGUGUGUGUGUGUGUGCGUGUGCAUGUGUGUUCUGACCUGUGUGUGUGUGUUUUAUAUGUGUGCAGGUAAAAUCAAAUACUCUGAGCGUGUGUAUGACGCCUGUAUGGAUGCAUUCGACUGCCUGCCUCUGGCCGCUCUCCUUAACCAGCAGUUCCUGUGUGUUCACGGAGGUCUGAGCCCCGAGAUAACCUGCCUGGACGACAUUAGGAAGGUAACAUCGAACAACUCUUUUUCUACUUUGGUGCUUUUUACACAAACGGGAAACUGCAGCAGACAAAAAUCAGAUUUUCAAAAUAAAAGCUGUGAUAUAAGGUCAGUGAAAUCAUGAGUCUGUUUGUCGUUGAUGGUAGGUCAUCCAUGGUUGGUCAUUUCUGUUUUUCUCCCUCCUCAGUGUAAAAGUCUUUGGGAACAGUUUGAACACUCAGCUCUGUAAAAUAAAUCAGUCAGAGUCAUUUAUUUGCCAUCUGCAGAAAAAAACACAUUGGAAAGCAUUUGUGAGAGGAGAGUCAAGACAGACAAAGUAAGUUACAUAGAAACAUAGACUAAGGUGAGUUAGAAUUACAGUUAAAGUUAAGGAUAGAAGGAUACUGCAAGUAAUAAUAGUAAUAAUGUCGUCUAUUGAUCGUAAGUGCUGAGACACACAUAAAAUUAAGUGCAGCCCUGAGGCUAGAGGUUAUUUAGGCUGCUCACUGCAAAGGGAAAGAAACUAUCUGAAAACCAGGAGGUAGAGCUUUUGAUUGAGCGGUACUGUCUACUGGAGGGGAGAAGAACAGGUGACUGGUGUUGCUCACUAUUUUUGAAGCCCAGGAGCCUCGAGUUAUAAAGUGCAUCAAGUUUAGGCAGGUCACUGCCGAUAAUGUUCUGAGUCAGAUUGAUUUUUAGUCCUGUACAAUGACGUUAGAAAACCAAACUGUGGACGAAGAGGUAAGAAUACUUUUGAUGAUACAUCUAUAAAAGUUAAUUAAAAAAUAACAGAUGCACCAAAAAUAGAGGAUUGGGUCGAGGUAAUGAUGGAUAAAUAUAGAAUGGAGAAGCUGACUUUCUCAUCUCGACUAAAAACAGAUCCUUUUAAAAACUACUGGAAAAACUGUGUUGAUUUUGUGUCUCAGACUUUAUACAGUAAAGACAUUGUGUAUUGUAGAUUAUUGGCCCCCUUGGUUCAAACUUGUUCAUUGUUCAUUAUGUUUACCCUCCAACAGGAGAAAAGUGUUACGGCUGUGUGUUUUUUGUGUGUAUGUGUGUGUGUGUUCCCCCUUUUGUCUCACCAUAGCUGCCCAGGUGAAGUCACUGAGUAACAAUGAGACUCACCUGGUGCUGGGACUUUAAAGACCAAGAGCUGCCUGCAGUCUGCAGAGGCAUUUGGUGGGGAACUGCUGCCCUGCGGUUCUUUGUGUUUAGUUCAUAAUUUUAUUAUUUGGUCACAAUAAAUCACUCAAUGUUAACUUAUAAAUAUGUUAACUCACUUUUAUGUUAACUCAAUGGGUUAAAAGACGAGGACAGUUGUUAGCCCCUCAGGGCCGCCUUCAGGUGGGGCAUAACAAAAGAGACAAUGAUAGAGAGGAGUGAAAAAAGGACAUGAGUGAAAAGUAUUUCAUUUUACUUCACAGUUAUUCUACUGUAACUGUAAUUAAAAGUUUAUGUCUAACUUUGUCUCUGCUCCAUGAUGGAGAAAUAUGAAAAUAUUAUAUACAGUUGGAAAUUUGUUCAAUACAUGUAAAAUGUUGAUGGAAUAUUGAUAUGUGAAAUCAAUUAAAAAAGAAAACUUAAAAAAAAAAAGGUGAAUUAAAAUCUGACAAUUAGAGGAGAAAUCUUUCAUUUUACGAAGGAAGAAAAGCCGUUGCUAGAUUUCUUGACGAUGAUCCUGGUGUUAAAGUGCCAGCUUAGAUUGUUUGUAAUAGUGACACCAAGAAAUUUGAAGCUACUCACCAUCUCAACCCUUUUGUAGUUAAUAAGAGGGAGAUGGGGUUGUUUUUUUUGUACGAAAGUCGAUUAUUAUCUUCUUUGUUUUGGAGGGGUUCAAAAUAAGAUUUUUCAUCUCUCUCCACUGAACUAGGUUCUGUACCUCUGCUCUGUAAAGGGUCAUUCCAUGUCAAUUCAACCAAGAAUCGCCACUCACGUCACAGAUUUUGAUGAAAUUUGGUGGAGUGAUUGGCCUUCAGGAGAAACUGUCAGAGCUCAAAUAUUUUUGUUCAAAGCCAUCUAAUUAGUGAGAUAGGGGCUAAUGAAUUUUUGGCUAACUAGCAUGACAUGCGUUACAAAAGUGUUCAGUACUUUUAGCAUGGUGAUCAAGCUUUGUGCAGCUUUUCGAUAUUGUUAGUUUGUUUCCAAAUAGGAAAGAGUGUAUGAACUACAAAGAGUUUGGUAGGGUCAGUGUAAGGAACGAUGGUUCCCCAGUUGUCUAGGUCUUCUGGCUUUCAGUACAUGCAAAUCUUCGAGAAAGAGCAUACUAGGAGAGCUAUAGUAAUUAGCAACCAUUCCAAAAUAUACUAGAAGAAGUUGGGCAAGAGGAGAGCAAAGGAGCCAUGUAAGGACUGUCAAAUAAUUUAUCUUGAGUAGUGAAUAAUGGUGCUCUGUUGCCCUGAGUCUCAAUUUCUUGGUGCACUUUGGAGCAGAGGCAAAGCGGGCAAGUUAAGAAUGAGCUGGCACUUUAGCUACCAUAUUACUGUAUCAAGGAAAUUGACCAAGAGUGAAUCAUAAAAUCUGGAUUGCCGCGAGCAAGUAUUGGAUGAUACCAUACUCAAGAGAAAUUAUUUUAAUAAAAUUAUUAACAAAAGUACUUCAAAAGUAUGCUAAAAGUACUUUUGAAGCAUAAAGGAAACGUUGAAAGGGCUCAGGAUAAAUAGCCUGGAAUACUUCACAGGGAAACCCGCAACAAAAUUUCAGGGUGCAUAGGUAGAAGUUAUUUGUCAACCCUAGGAUCCAGGACAUGCAGGUAAUCCCAAAUGAUUCUCCCAUGAAGCUAAGAUCAUUCAUAUUCUGGAUAUAGGUGCAAACAGAAAUGAAAUGCGAUGGAAAACUGAGCAAAAAUAAGCUAUUCUAGCCAUUUUUCAUAUAAAUAUGGGAUAACAUACAAAUGAAAAAACUCAAAAAAAGCAUUUUGCACUAUGAGGAAGUAAUAUUUUACACAAGCAGGCAAGUGGGGCUGACUCCAGAUGGGGUCAGGACUGUAUAAUGUGCCAAAUAUGGCGAUUUUCCACCUAACGUACCACGCAUUUUGACUGAUUACUCGAAAAGUUAUGGAAUGCCUGUCCUGAAACUUGCAGGGAUGCUAGUGGACAUGAUAGUCUUUCUUAAGUGUGACUAUGAAGAAAAUUGAAGGACGCACGUUUUUUGCUAUUUCCAAUUUAAGUUUUUGAUCUUUUAUAUUUUUUUCUGGUCCAAUUUGGGGGAAAUGUUCUGAAGAAAAAGAUAAAACUUGAAGAGAGCUUUAAAAUGACACCUGAAUCAGCUCUCUAGGUGCCAUACUUCCAGAGAUAUGAACACUUUUGUAACGCAUGUCAUGCUAGUUAGCCAAAAAUUCAUUAGCCCCUAUCUCACUAAUUAGAUGGCUUUGAACAAAAAUAUUUGAGCUCUGACAGUUUCUCCUGAAGGCCAAUCACUCCACCAAAUUUCAUCAAAAUCUGUGACGUGAGUGGCGAUUCUUGGUUGAAUUGACAUGGAAUGACCCUAAAGCGACUCAUCAUUACACUUUAUUUUCCUAAUGACAGUACUGUCAUCAGCGUACUUUAAUCUUCAUUUAAGCUUUGUUUUAAAGUUAAACUGUAGAUUCACAUCAGUCUAAGAGACUCUGCUAACACGCUGAAGACCGUCCCUUCAGGAAGUCCCUUUAAAAUAAAACUGCAGUCGUGUGUUUCUGUGUAUUUUUGUGUAUUUUCCGAUCCUUUCACAUGAACGAAAGCCGACAUCAGAGCAUCUGUGUUUUAGUGACACACACAGGAUGAAGCUGAACUCUUUUUAACCGUUUUCUCAGAGACUCUGGUUCUGCUCUGGUUUUUUACUGAAUAUAAAUUUUAAAUUAUUCUUGAUGUGGUCUAACUUUGAACCGGGUCUGUGUCUGCACGUUCACAGCUGGACCGGUUCAAGGAGCCCCCGGCGUUCGGGCCGAUGUGUGACCUGCUGUGGUCGGACCCGGGCGAGGACUACGGCUCGGAGAAGACCCAGGAACACUUCUGCCACAACAGCGUGAGAGGCUGCUCUUAUUUCUACAGGUAGGAGCGGCUCGGUUCUGAUCCAAACAGAGGCUUAUCUCUGGACGAGUCAGCGCCAUCGGACUGAUACUGAAAAUAAAUAUUAGCGCUUUCUGGUCGGUCUGAAUGUUGACACCACAGGGAGGGGAGCAACUGCUGUUUAAAGCCUGGUUUAUCCUGGACCCGGUUUUGUUUGUUUGAGGAGCUCAGGGUUAAAGAUGACACAGCCUCACUCUCUCUCUCUCUCUCUCUCUCUCUCUCUCUCUCUCUCUCUCUCUCUCUCUCUCUCUCUCUCUCUCUCUCUCUCUCUCUCUCUCUCUCUCUCUCUCUCUCUCUCUCUCUCUCUCUCCACUGUCUCUGACACGUCUGUGUACUUUAUGUCUGGAUUACUUUGAGUUCAUUCAGUGACUUGUGACUCCUGACACCUGAGAGCUCACCUGAGGAGCUUCCAGGUAAAGAAACUCCUCAUGGGCGGUCUUUGCUGGAGAGCAAGGGUGAAUCUGUGUCAAUGUGAGAGAGAGAGACGAGUCUGAAACCUUUACUCAUGACUCCCAACAGAAAAAAGGCAAGGUGAUGAGUCAGGUUUUAAAGGGACAAUACAGGGAUUUUUACAGAGGGGUGGUUGGAUGAGGUUCUUGUCAGUAGAAGGUCCAUCACCCAGACCAGUUCAGGUCCACCUCAUCACUGAGAUCAUAGAAGCUCCAACCUAAACCACGCUCUGUUUUUAAAAUGCUUGAUCAGCUCAACCAGCCGUCAGGUUCAGGAGACGAUUACUUUUCCAUUAAUCAAUCAAUCAGUCAAUCAGUCUUUAUUUAUAAAGUACUUUUCAUAGAAGUCAGAAUACACACUCAGUACAUUUACAGUCACAGUUUAAUCGGACUAAAAUCAUAAUUCGUUUUUUUCUCUGAAUCGGACUUCUCUCCUUGUCGGCGUAUACAUGCAGCUGAGAAAAUUGAAUUAUUGACGUGAACGUGUCCUCCUCCCCAAAACUAGGGGGCGAUAUGGGUCUUUUCAGCAGCGCUGUUUCCGACCCCAUACAACCGUCAACAACAACAGCAGGUCCAUGCCAGACGUCAGAAGUGUCUACAACUGCUGCUGGGCAUUUGGAGCAAGAAGCUGGAGCAUUGUACAGUGUUGUUUUUGUCCUACAUGAUGGACACGCUACUUUUUCUGCAGAUGAGACACACGCUACUCCUCUUCUCUGGUGUUUCGGGGGUUACGGGGGCGUGGCGCAUGCACACAUGCAUUGUCCGAUCAUACUCCGACUACGCCGGUUACAUGGUAGAGAAAAUCGAAUUCCAAUCACAUUAUCUGGGUGUCUUAAUCAGAGUUUGAGAACUCUGAUUAUAGUCGGACUAAGGUGUUUACAUGCACUUCAGUUGUCCGGGCUUAAUCGAAGUAAGGUGAUUAUUCCAUUUUCUUGAGUGUCAUGGAAACGGACUGAGUGAUUGAAAACCGAUCAGUUCAGGGUUAGAAUAAAUGAGUUUGUGAGUGGUACACUUAUUAUUUUAUGUUCAGUCAGAUUAAAGUAAAUUGUUCCUUUAAAUCUCCUCCAUGUUCAGGUAUCUCCGUCUAAUUGAACAGACAGAAACAGUUCAUGUUCAUCUCUAACGUGUUCCUUGGAGUGUGUGGACCCCACAGGGGCAGGUGGGUGGGUGUGUGUGUGUUCGGAUGUCUGGGGUGAAGAAGACCAGACUCGAAGACGGGGAAACACUCCUGUCAAAAAAGGAGCUUUUCAUUUUUAUGAAAGAUCACUCUCAAACUCCCACACCUCCUCCUCCUUUUCCUCUUUCUCCUCCUCCUCCUCCUCUUUUUCCUCCUCCUCCCUCUCCUUUUCUCCUCCUACUCCUCUCCCUUCUCUUUUUUCUCUUCCUCCUCUUCAUCGUCCUUCUCCUCUUCCUCCUCCUCCCCCCCACCUCCUCCUCUCCUCUUCCUCCUUUCCUCCUCCUCCUCUUUUCCCUCCUCCUCUCUCUCCUCUCCUUCUCCUCCUCUUCCUUUUCCUCCUCCUCCUUCUCAUCUCCCUCCUUUUCCUACUCCUCCUCAUCUUCCUCCUCUUCCUUUCCUCCUCCUUCUCCUCCUACUCUCCUCUUCCUCUCCCUCCUCCUCCCCCUACUACUCUUCCUCUUUCUCCUCAUCUUCCUCCUCUUCUUUCUCCUCCUCCUCCUCUUCCUCCUCCUUCUCCUCUUCUUCCUCCUCCUCAUCUUACUCCUCCUCAUCUUCCUCCUCCUUCUCCUCUUCUUCCUCCUCCUCAUCUUACUCCUCUUCAUCCUCCUCCUCCCUUCACUUCCUUAUUUUCCUCAUCUUCCUCCUCUUCUUUCUCCUCCUCCUUCUCCUCCUCUUCUUCCUCCUCCCACACCCGCUCCUCCUCCUCCCACACCUCCUCAUUCUCCUCCUCUCCUCCUGUUCAAACCCUGACCUUUAUUGACCUGUAAUUUUUGUGUUUUUAAGCGUCUCUUGUUCUUAUGGCGCUCUUUUUGUAUUGCCAUGGAAACCAAGGUGAGCACAGACAGCCGCGCUGUGGGAGGAUCUGAGCGGCCGUCAUGGACCAACAUUUGGACAAUUUGGACAUUUGUGUGUGUGUGUGUGUGUGUGUGUGUGUGUGUGUGUGUGUGUGUGGGGGGGGGUGUUUGUUUGCCAAAUUGGCGGCAGAGAGUGUGGAGACUGAGCGGCUUGUCCUGAUGUUUGAAUAUUCAACCCUUUCCUUCCUGUUUGUUCUCUCUGUCCUGCAGUUACCCGGCAGUCUGUGACUUCCUGAUGAACAAUAAUCUGUUGUCUGUAAUACGAGCACAUGAAGCCCAGGAUGCAGGGUGAGUGAUGGACACUGCAGACCCACACACACAUUUAAUCCUGUUUAUUCAAAUAAUAAUAAUAACCACAUAUAUUUAUAUCAGCUGAGUCAAGGUAGUGGACUUUUUUUUAUUUUAUUAACCCAAAAAUUCAAUCAAAACGUAGGAGAUGGGAGUUCAGAGAGGACGAGAUCAGACAGGUCCGAAGUUCUGAUAGAGGAACAACCAAACAGGUCAGAAGUUGUAAUGUUCCCGUAUUUUUCGUACUAUAAGGCGCACUUAAAAUCCUAUUGGCUUGUCGGAGUUAAAAGUCGAGUUAUUGAAUGAGUUAAAUAAAGUUUGACUUAUCCGACUGUUUUGUUUGGCUUAAUGUGCUUGAUAAUCCGGUGCGCCUUAUGUAUGAAAAUAGACGCAAAUAGACAGGUUCAUUGAUGGUGCGCCUUAUAGUGCGAAAAAUACAGUAAAUAAAAACAUCUGGAGGAACAUCUCCAACCAAUGAGGUGAAUGUCCAACAGGUUAGUCAUAUGACCAGGUCUAAGACGGACCUUCAGAGAGGCGGAGUCUCUCAGAGGUUCAGGAGUCUGUGAGAGACAAAGUGAGCGAACAGUUCAACAGUUUCAGAAUAAAGUUCCUUCAAACUGAAACAUGAGAGAGGAGACCAGAUAGAGACAGGAUUCAGAACCACCAAAGACUUCUCUGGACCUGAGUCCAUUUAAGGUGGACUGAGGGGACGAGGAGAACUGUCCUGAGGUCUGAUGGUUCAAAGUCUGACGUUCUUUUGGGAAAUCCUCCACUCCAUUCAGAUGUGCAGUGAAGGAUCAAAAACUGAACCUUAACCCUCGGUUCUUGUUAAUUUUAAGCUCCAUUCAGCCUACUCUGUCCCCAAAACAGACAUGCAGUGUUCAUAAAAUAAUCAUUUUCUGACAUUUUUUUUUCUUUUUCAGCUCAAAUCUCUUAAAAAACUUCAGUCCUAACCAUUAAAAGAUAAUAAAUAGAAAAUUCAAUGUAUUUCCCUUUUUAUGCCAGUAUUUGUGCGCCAUGUCACUGCUAUUUUUAAUGGUAAAAAACACAUAAUCUCCAUAUUUCCCAUAUAAAAUGACCUAGAUGAUUUUUUUUAAAUAAAAAGAGUCUGGGCCAUGUUAAUGAUGAGAAGUAAAAUCAAUUUUGGUGCAUUUAAAUCUUUUUUGUAGUGCCAAUUUCAGUAUUUUAGCUCCAUCCUGCCUACUUUGUCCCCAAAACGGAGAUGCAGAUAAGUGUUCAUAAAAUAAUCAUUUUCUAACAAUUUUUUUACUUUUUCAACUCAAAUCUCUUAAACAACUUCAGCCCUAACCAUUAAAAAAUGAUGAAUAGAAAAUUCGAUGUAUUUCCCUUUAUAUGCCAGUUUUUGUUCACCAUGUCAUAUUUAUUGUGCGUUCUACUGAGUCUAUUGGAGCGGAAAAUCAUGCCAUUUUUCCCACCUUUUCUCGAGCCUCGUCCUCUACCAAAUCAAAUGUGAUCAAAUUCAUUUGUUCAUAAUAAAUUAAUUGUAUAUAUGGGCAUAUAAAAUCAGAGGAUAUUUGUAAGAUAGGAAUCAUUUACAAGUUAUCCACCUCCAACCAAAAUAUGACCGUGAUUACGCUGAUUACGCUGAUUACGCUGAUUACGCUGAUUACGCGCAUAUAAAAAAAAUAACUGCAUAUCUGAGAUGUGAUAUCUUCUCACCUAAUGAUCUGAAGGACCUGUUCAUCCUCAUGCAUGUCCAUCCAAUUGCUCUGAAGUGAGGGCAAAGUUGAAAUUGUCCAAAUGUCCCCAUCUCUUUGUCCCACAUUGCAGAACUUGGACGUCCGAUUUUCAACUGUAAAAACCCCGCUCACGGCAUGCCCGGUUAUAAACAUGGAUGCAGAUUCGCACCCGUACACUAGGGGUGUGAAUCUCAGCACUGAGGACGAUUCGAUACGCAUCUCGAUGCACUGCCAGCGAUACGAUACUUUAACGAUACAUGGAAUUUUCUGGCGAUACGAUUCACCCUCUUCAUGAUGCGAUACGAUACGAUAAUCAUUUAGUUCAAAUCAAUGUGAUCCGAUACGAUAUGAUGCAAUUUGUUGCGAUAUGAUGCAAUUCAACAUGAUGCAAAUAAGCAAAGAAAAAAAAGAAAUAAAAAUAAAAGAUGGAAUUCAGUACGGUACUACAGAAAUGAUUUGGCUUUAUUCCUUAAAGGCACUUGGCAGUUAAUUCAACAAAAGGGCUUUUUGUCUUUUUUCUAUGCUCCUUUGGGUUCCAUUUUGUACAGUUACACAGAUUAGACAGACCUCCUGCAACUGUUAAGGAAUCUGAAUCAAUAAAAUAAAAAAUAAAAAAUAAAAAAAGGAUUCCAGUCCCAACCCUACAUCACACAAGUGCUCUAUACUUGUUGGGUAAUAUUACAGUACACAUUAUUAAACAACUAAUGCACUGCCUAACAUGGUGCAAAUAAACCAUUCAAUGGCCAUACUACUGUCUGCCAAACCAAUGUGCUAGAGUUGACUUUCUAACUGGCCACUGAAAAUCAGUGAUUUGAGUGAGUUCUGCAAUAAUAAAAGACUAAAACAAUUACACAAUAAUUACUGUUGUAAAAAGUACAGUAAACAGCAACAACAAAACACUCUCAAUGAGUAACCUAAAGUGACACUUUCAAUAGUGCAAUCAAUGUUAAGGGAGGGGAGGUGGCGUUAGACUUGUCGGUGAUGUGGUGUACUCUUUUUAAGUGGGUCUGCAUGUUUGUCGUGCUGCCGUUGUACGGCUUCUUAACCCGGCAUUCUUUGCAAAUGACGGCCGUUUUGUCGAGCUUUCCGUCUUUCUUUGCAAAUCCGUAGUGUUUCCAAACAUAUGAUUUAAACGUAGCGGGUGCAUUACAUAUAAACUGUUCCUCGAUGCUACUCACUUGAAUGUGGUCCAUGCUGUUUUACUAGUAGUGCAUUGUAUGUCCCUCACGGCUUUCGUCCGUAUUCAAUACAAAACGCGAAAUAAUGAUGGUGCAUUCAAUGCGCCAGGGGAACAGCAGAUGGGGUGAAGUUUAACAUGAAUAAAACGGCGCUUGCAUCGGAUUUUACCGAUACCCACCAACGCAUCUAGAUGAAUCUAGAUUUAACCUGUCAAUUGCAUCGAUACCCAGUGAAUGAGCCGACGCAGUCGCAUCGCGCACAUGCGCAUCGAUGCAUCAAUUAAUUUAGAUUAUUUUCCACACCCUUACCGUACACACACGCAGGAGCGCAUAAUCUUUAACUUACACACAUAUCCCACUCUUAGACAUUCGUAUCUAGUGGCAUGUAAAGUUUCAUUCAUUUCUGAUGAUGUUUAGUGGAUGAAUCAGCAGUUAAAAUUAUGUGCCGGCUCAAUCUGUUGUAUCACUGAGGGAAAGUCAAAUUUAGAGCCCUGGUGAUCGACUGACUGCAAAAAGAAGGUUGUAAUAUGUUGUUAUGGUGCCAUAAACACAUAGUCAAAAAACCUGUUUUUAAUGGAAGUCUAUUGGCCAGUUUGUGGACAAAGGUGGGUGGGUGGAGCUAAAAUGUGGUGACAGAGAACUACAGGUGACAGAGUUUUUUUUUUUUGUUUAAUAUGAAGAAAAAUAAGAACUCUCACCAAAUUUGAUUUUCCAAUCUUUAAAAAUGUGACUGUCAGCUCAAAAUAAAGAGGAAAAAAAUGACAAAUGUCCUCAAAACAGACAGAGAAGGAACCAGAACAACUUCUGUUCCAUAAAGUAUUAGAGUCAAAAAGUUUAGAGCUGACCUUCUGUGGAGAAGAUCUUUGUCGUCAUUCAGAUACAAACAAAAAUUAAAGUGCAGCUUAAGAUCUUGUAAACUGAGAAUCAUUGAUGAUUGAUUAUUAAUUAAUUCUGUAAACUGAGGACAGGGGAGUAGGAAGCUGAUUGACAACAAACCUUAGACCUGCUCCACUCCUCCAACUGUCCUGCUGUUAUCUUCUGCUCUCUGUGGUCAGACCUUCGUCUUUGUGGACUUAUCCCCGAAAUGUUUCUGUGUCCACCAGGUAUCGAAUGUACAGGAAAAGUCAAACGACAGGCUUUCCUUCUUUAAUCACAAUCUUCUCGGCUCCUAACUACCUGGAUGUGUACAAUAACAAAGGUAAGAGGAGAGGGAGGCGGCAACCAUGGCAACAGCAGAGAAACCUUGAGGCCCUGGCAACAGGAGACAGGAAGUGCCUAAUGAAGAAGAAAAUGUUAAUGUGUGUGUGUGUGUGUGUGUGUGUGUGUGUGUGUGUGUGUGUGUGUGUGUGUGUGUGUGUGUGUGUGUGUGUGUGUGUGUGUGUGUGUGUGCGUGCGCGCGCGCGUGUGUUUUGUGUGCAGCUGCGGUGCUGAAAUAUGAGAAUAAUGUGAUGAACAUCCGGCAGUUUAACUGUUCCCCUCAUCCCUACUGGCUGCCCAACUUCAUGGACGUCUUCACCUGGUCUCUGCCCUUCGUCGGAGAGAAAGGUGAGGCUGUUGUCAAUGAGAGGAGCUUUACGAUCCGAUAAAACUGGAAAAUAAACUGUUUACCGCCAGACUGUUCAUUGAACGUGUUUGUGUUUGUGAGAGAAAGAAAUAAAAACUCUGAGAAAUAAAGGCAAAAUCAACAACAGACACGGCUCCAAGUAUUAGAAACAAAACCAAUUAUCAACCGUACAGAACAAAAGAUAAAAAUUGACCAUUAAAAAAUAUACAACAAUUCAAAAGAAAAUUAAAGGACUUAAAAGAAAAAAAAAGAAGUAAAAAUCUGCAGAAUAACAUUUAAACAUUUAAUGUUUGAAACAAAGUUAGAUCUAAGAAAUAAAAAAGGGACAAAAACAAGGAAAAAACAUUUUAAAACCUUAAGAAAUAAUAAAAGCAAAGAAGAUGGGCAGUGAAUAAAAAUGCUAUAUUUAAAGCCAUAUAUUAGUGAAAAGUGUUGUAAUAAUAAAUCGUUUCAGAAGAUUAAACAUUUUUGUUAGAGGAAAAAGUUUUAAAAAAGGACAAAAAACAACUUUUUAAAAUCUAUAAUUAUUAAUUUGAACUGUUUUAGAAAUGAAAAAAAAAUUUAAAAAGUAAAAAUGUUUUUGAUAAAAGAAAUAUUUUUUUUGAACAACUUUAAAAGCUUUCCUGAGCAUUAAAAACAGCUGUUAGAGAAAUAUAGGGUUAAAAAAAUGAGAAGUAAAAAUCUGCAUAAUAAAUAGGAAAUACCAACAACUGACAAAUACUGACAAUUGUCAACAGUUUAAAAACGAGAUUUAAUUUUUAUGAACAAUUCUAGAAAUAAAAACAUUUAAAAGAGAUAAAUAAUGUUUGAACCAAAAUUAGAUCUAAGAAAUAAAAAGAAUAAACAUGUUAAAACUUAAAGAAAUAAAAGCAAUGAGAAGAAAAAAUGGGCAGUAAGUAAAAAUGCUUUAUUCAAAGCCAAAUUCUACUAAUAAAUGUGUUAAUAAAUAAUAAAUCAUUAUAAAAGAUUAAAAAUUUUUGUUAAAGGAAAAGGUUAAAAAAAGAUUUCAAAAAAUAACAACUUUGUUUUAAAUCCAUAAUUAUUUAUACUGUUUUAAAAAUAAAAGAAUUUAAAAACAGUUUAAAAAAAUUUUAAUUAAAGAAAUAAAAAUAUUUGAAAUGACUUUAAAAUCUUUCCUGAACAUUAAAAACAACUGUUAGAGAAAUAAAGGGUUAAAUCUUUAGAUGACCUUUAAUGACUCUGUGUGUGUGUGUGUGUGUGUGUGUGUGUGUGUGUGUGUGUGUGUGUGUGUGUGUGUGUGUGUGUGUGUGUGUGUGUGUGUGUGUGUGUGUGUGUGAGACUCUGGUGUGAUGUUGUGUUUGUGUGUUUUUGUGGAGCUGUGUGUGACUCUGGUGUGAUGUUGUGUUUAUGUUUUUUUGUGGAGCUGUGUGUGACUCUGGUGUGUUGUUGUGUUUGCACACAGUGACGGAGAUGCUGGUGAAUGUGUUGAACAUCUGCUCUGACGACGAGCUGAUGUCAGAGGGGGACGACACCUGCGAGGGUAAGAGAGAAGGACACACACACACACACACACACCUUUGAUUCACCCUGUCUUUGUAAAACUCUGUGUGUGUGUGUGUGUGUGUUAGAGUUCAGCACUGUUGUGUGUUUCUCUGGUCGUUUUAAUAUUCAGAUUCUCUUCCAUCAGAAACUCUCAUGUCCCCCGUCUCAGACUGUCCCUGAAUGCUCCACAGAGGCAGAUUUCUCCUCUGGUCUCCUCUGGAGCCACAUGACCCUGAUCUCGUUUAGAACGAUCAAAAGUGUGUUUCUUUUUUCUGAUAACUGAUUCUCAGUCAUGAGGAAACUUCAGUGGAAAUAACCCACUCCACACACAUGGCUGUGGGCUGUGGGAUCAUACCUGCAUUUUUCCAAAGUGGACCUGUUGUGAGUUUCGUCCUCUUGUGUUUAAUGAGGUCCUGAAGCAUCACAGCACAAACUUCCACCAGAGUCUAAAGAGGUCAGACUCGAGCGGGGCGAAGGAAAGAGCAGAAAAGAGCGUGAAAAUCCUUUAGAUAAGGAGGUGGGUGAAUUUGACGAAACCCGGUUCUUCCUUUCACAUGAUGUGAUCCACAUGAAGAAGGAGCAGGAAGGAGAUCUCUUUAUUCAGGGAGUCUGUUCAGACAUCUGUGCAGGGACUGAAGAUGGAAACUGGCCUGUGGACUAACUCUGCUCAACGCUUAUUUACUGAAAUAUUAAUAAAAUACACAAAUGCGGGAAAUGAGAGGAAGAAACAUGUACAAGCAACACUCUUUAGACAAGUGUCUCCUUUUUUAUUCAUGAUUCCAGAUUCACAUCAGAGGAGGACAGUCAGUCCAGAUGUCGGGUUACCCCCAAUUUCCACCUUAUCCUGAACGUCUAUUAAAAGGUCGUAUCCUCCGAUCGUAGCUUAUCGUAACCAUUCAAGUUAACGUGUCAAUUUCCACCGGCUUCUUUCCGUUCCUCUGUAUAAAAAUCAGAGUUUAAAAAUGAAAGAAAAUGAACAAAUGAGACAUUAUUGUUAUUUUUAAGACAUUAAUUGAAUUUACAGGGAAAAACAUACAGUGAUAUAUACCAUUACUGUGAUAUAAGAUUUAGUUCAUACCGCCUAACACUACCUCAGCAGUAAAAGAGCUGAAAUACUUAAGCCCAUGUAAAAUCUGAGUCUGAUCUUAAUGAGUGUUUUCUCUGAAGUCCCUCAGAUUGUGUUUCUGAUCAUUCAGACUUUGGUGAACAUGAAAACUUCUUCUUUAGUUCUUAACUCUCAGAAUAAAAACUCUGAAGUUGUAUAAACAUGUUCAGACUCUUAAACUGAUGAUGGAUGAUGGUCGUAGAUGAUCUGGACGAUGGUUUUUGAAUUAGUGGAGCAGCUCCGGACUCUCAUGGAUCUGAAUGUCCUCUUUGUUUUAGAGGAUACAGUCGGGUUGAUCAUGUGAAGAGCCUGACGUUCUCUGACCUCAUAUACAUCCACAGAGGGAGGGAGGGGGCUGGGUGAGAAGAAAGACCUGUGUGCUGGUUCAGACCCUGACCAUGUCUCUCCAAACCUCAGACCUUCUUUUAGGGUUCUCCUCAUCUCUUGAACCUCUUUCAGUCCCUUUAAAGGUCAGGGGUUCGAAGCUCAUCUGAGGGUCCAGAUUCUUUAUGUAGACCCCCUAAUCUAAGAUGACCCGGUUCUGAAUGUUACAGAGAAAUUAAACCUCCAAAGAUCUCCGUACGGUGCAGAUCCCCGACUGUAAGCAAACAUCAGACUUUGCUGAAGGUGGAGUUGGUCUGCUCUGCAAACACGGAGUGAUUCCUCUCCUGCCGUGUGUGUGUGUGUGUGUGUGUGUGUGUGUGUGUGUGUGUGUGUGUGUGUGUGUGUGUGUGUGUGUGUGUGUGUGUGUGUGUGUGUGUGUGCUCCUACGCCUCCUCCUCCUCCUGUCUCUCACCCUGACUGUUUGGCUUCUCUCCUCAGGUGGAGCUCCUGCUGUCAGGAAGGAGGUGAUCAGGAAUAAGAUCCGGGCCAUCGGAAAGAUGGCUCGAGUCUUCUCUGUGCUCCGGUGGGUUUUUAUUUCCUCUGAAAAAUCACCUUUAUAAAGUUUUUAGCUUCUUGAUGUGGAUUACUUGGUGUUUUUACGCAGCCUGUUGGAUCGUUUCUGAAGAAUCACCUGUUUUCUACUCGGGGAGAAAAGAUGGAAUAUUUGAGAAAGCAGAAGUGAAUCUUUUAAAUCGGUGUCUCUGACUGUUUUUUCAGUCUGCUGUGGAGCUCCAGUUCUCCACUUUUCCAACCUUGCUCUACUUUCCGAUAAGGCUAACGACUUCCUCCCUGAUUUACAUGUGUCCUCUUUUAAUCUGCUGGAAGUGUGUCACAAUCAUCUGUCCUCAAACAAUCAACGCUCUCCUUCAGAAAAUGUCUCAGAGUUAUUCUCCGUCCCACAAAAGCAUCCCAAGCUGUUUUCCAAACCUCGUUGUGUCAUGAGACGUAAUCGUUAACAAUAAUUGAUCAUCUCUUUCGCAGUCUGGUAGUGAUAAAGAAGAAACAUCCCGUGUCUGCGGCAUCUGUCCUACUCAUGUGUUUGGUUAUUUAAAAAGAUUUUAAUACAGUUUAUUGACCCAGACACCGAUCAAUACAGUGACUUCCGACAGGGAUUAAUUCACUAAAGGCUCUUUAUGUGGGAGUUCAAAUCAUGUAAGCGUUUUCAGACGGUUAUAUGAACAACAAAUAAGGGUUGCAAAGUUCCGGGAAUUUCGAAGUUGGAAAUUUUCCACAGGAAUUAAUGGGAAUAAAUCAGAAAUGUACCAAAUUGAAGGUUGUUCCUCAACAGGAACUUAAAUAAAGUUGGUGAAAUAUCUUGUAGCAUAAUCUUGACUAAAACAACCAGAUUUAAUGUAAGUUCACUCCUCAAUCACAUGAUCACACAGAACACUUAUCUACAGAUAUCUACAGUAUAUAUGUAUAUAUAUAUAUAUACACUCACCGGCCACUUUAUUAGGUACACCUGUCCAACUGCUCGUUAACACUUAAUUUCUAAUCAGCCAAUCACAUGGCGGCAACUUAGUGCAUUUAGGCAUGUAGACACGGUCAAGACAAUCUCCUGCAGUUCAAACCGAGCAUCAGUAUGGGGAAGAAAGGUGAUUUGAGUGACUUUGAACGUGGCAUGGUUGUUGGUGCCAGAAGGGCUGGUCUGAGUAUUUCAGAAACUGCUGAUCUACUGGGAUUUUCACACACAACCAUCUCUAGGGUUUACAGAGAAUGGUCCGAAAAUGAAAAAAUAUCCAGUGAGCGGCAGUUCUGUGGGCGGAAAUGCCUUGUUGAUGCCAGAGGUCAGAGGAGAAUGGCCAGACUGGUUCGAGCUGAUAGAAAGGCAACAGUGACUCAAAUAACCACCCGUUACAACCAAGGUAGGCAGAAGAGCAUCUCUGAACGCACAGUACGUCGAACUUUGAGGCAGAUGGGCUACAGCAGCAGAAGACCACGCCGGGUGCCACUCCUUUCAGCUAAGAACAGGAAACUGAGGCUACAAUUUGCACAAGCUCAUCGAAAUUGGACAAUAGAAGAUUGGAAAAACGUUGCCUGGUCUGAUGAGUCUCGAUUUCUGCUGCGACAUUCGGAUGGUAGGGUCAGAAUUUGGCGUCAACAACAUGAAAGCAUGGAUCCAUCAUGCCUUGUAUCAACGGUUCAGGCUGGUGGUGGUGGUGUCAUGGUGUGGGGAAUAUUUUCUUGGCACUCUUUGGGCCCCUUGGUACCAAUUGAGCAUCGUUGCAACGCCACAGCCUACCUGAGUAUUGUUGCUGACCAUGUCCAUCCCUUUAUGACCACAAUAUACCCAACUUCUGAUGGCUACUUUCAGCAGGAUAAUGCGCCAUGUCAUAAAGCUGGAAUCAUCUCAGACUGGUUUCUUGAACAUGACAAUGAGUUCACUGUACUCAAAUGGCCUCUACAGUCACCAGAUCUCAAUCCAAUAGAGCAUCUUUGGGAUGUGGUGGAACGGGAGAUUCGCAUCAUGGAUGUGCAGCCGACAAAUCUGCGGCAACUGUGUGAUGCCAUCAUGUCAAUAUGGACCAAGCUCUCUGAGGAAUGCUUCCAGCACCUUGUUGAAUCUAUGCCACGAAGAAUUGAGGCAGUUCUGAAGGCAAAAGGGGGUCCAACCCGUUACUAGCAUGGUGUACCUAAUAAAGUGGCCGGUGAGUGUAUAUGUGUGUGUGUGUAUAUAUAUAUAUAUAUAUAUAUACUGUAGGCUACUGCUCUUCACGCCUACAGAAGGACCGACUGAUCAAAGUCGGACCAGAAAAGCAUUUUCAACUACUUUUUUGAAGUGAAACCAAAUCUUAUUCUCUGCAUUUUAUUUUUGAAGAUAUCGGCGAAAAUCAGCGAGUUUUUGCUGAUUGCUGAUAAGUCUCAAACAGGCUAAAAUUGGCUGAUUUAAUCAGCUCACUGAUAAAUUGGUCGGGCCCUAGUAUUAAUAUUUAACUUGUAAAAAUUUAAUAAAAAUAGGUGCUAAAUGUCAGCUAUUUUUCAUUUCAUUGACCAUUUAAGGAACUCCUGACAGACGGUUUCCUGUAACCAAACAAUAAUUUAUACAUAAAUUAUCAAAUAUUUUGAAGACCAUUCCAGUAGUUUAGCCAACUAUUACCCAACUGCAUUAGUGUUUUUACAAGAUUAUUUGUUAUUUUAUUCUACAGAAAAACGUCACAUUUGCCAUCUGAUGUGUGUCAUGUUUUUUAAUUGUAUUAUUUUCCAUUAAUGUUUGCUUAUGACAGAACAAAAAUAUUUACAUUUAUGUUUGGAUAUGAUACAGUUUGUUUAAAUUACCCCCAUUUUCCUGUUAAUUCCCAUAAAUUCCAAAUAACUCCCAUAAUUCCCAUGGAAAGAUUCUGGAAAUUUACUGAAAAUUUUCCACCCCUUUUGCAGACCCUGAGUGUGUGUUUCCUAACCACAUAUAACCUGAUUGGACUCGUAUUUAAGUGAAUAAAAGUUAAAGCACCGUAUAGGAAGCCGUCAUGGAAACAAAGUUAAAGCUGGAUGUAAAUAAACGUACUGAGCGUCCAGGUGAUCUCCGAGGCUUAACCUGGAGUCUGAAGGUUAUUGCUGUUGUUUUCAUCGUUCAUGGUUUUCCCGCUGCUGAGUAAGUGCACAGGUUAGUUAAAAAAAAAAACUGGUGGUUCGAAGGCUGACCCCUGUGGGACUCCAGAUAAGAACUGUUCUGUUUCCAUUAGCCUGACAGAGCAGCUUAGUAUCCAGUGGUGUCAGAGGUCAGCGCUCGCUGUGACAGGGAAUCAAAAAUCUGUGUGUUUGUGUCAUUGAUAGAGAGGAGAACGAGAGCGUGCUCCAGCUGAAGGGCCUGACCCCAACAGGAACUCUGCCUCUGGGAGUUCUGUCCGGAGGUCGGCGAACUCUGCAAAGCGGUGAGUGUGAACGCAGCCGAGCAUCCAGACACUAACACAGAGUCCAGCUAACACUAACUCCCUGUGCCUGCACUCACACUGAGACUAACUGCAGGGACACACACGCACACACACACACACACACACACUCACACAGACGCAAAUGUCAAGAGGUUUCCUCUCCUCCUCUGAAGGACCGUUCUCUUAGAGCAAACUGCUGCCCUUUAAAGACAGCGAGCUGCAGAGAGGAGAGAUGAUAGCAACUGCACGACCAACAGAUCAUCGAGUGUUCUCACUCAGCAGGAAGUUCACAGCUGUUUGGAGGGUCGACCGUCAGUUAAUCCACUCAUGUGGAAACCCUCCUCAAUAUUCAGGAGCCCUGCUGCAAUUAAUUAUAAUAUAAAUAAUAAUAAUGAUUUUUAUUUUUAUUUAAAAAAAAAAUUAAUAAAUAAUAACAAUGAUAAUAAUAAUAAUAAUAUUAUUAUUAUUAUUAUUAUUAUUAUUAUUAUUAUUAUUACUAUUAUUAUUAUUAUUAUUAUUACAAUAGUAAACAUCAUAAUAAUGACAUCAUAAUAACAACAGUAAUAGUAAUAAUUAAAAUUGUAAUAAUUGAAAUAUUAGUUAUAAUAAUUAUAAUGAUAUGAUGGUAAUGAUAAUGAUAAUAAUUAUUAUUAUAAUAACAAAAAUAAUAAUAAUUGUAAUGAUGGUGGUAAUGAUAAUGACAGUAAUAAUAUAAAUAAUUAUUAAAAAAAUAUUUUAUAAUGAUAAUAAUUAUUAUUAUUAUAAAAUGAUUAUAAUAAAAAUUACAAUGAAAAUAAUGAUACUUGUUAUAAUAAUCAUAAUGAUAAAAAAACAUAAAUUAUCAUAAUGAUAUAUACAUACAGAAAAAUGAAUAAUUACAUGAUAAGAAAAAUAAAUAAAUAGAUAAAUACCUGAAAAUAAAUAAAUAAAUAGUGCUAGUCUAGAUGAAAUGAAGUCCUAUUGUAAUUUUCACUGCCAAACGACAACCGAGACUUAACACAGAUACAGUAAAACUGAGACUUUACAUAGAUACCAUAAACCUGAGACCUGAGACACAGAUACUGUAAAACUGAGACUCUAUACAGACAGAUACAGUAAAACUGACACUUAACACAGAUACAGUUAAACUGACACUUAACAGAGAUACAGUAAAACUGAGACUCAACACAGAUACAGUAAAACUGACACCUAACACAGAUACAGUAAUACUGAGACUCAACACAGAUACAGUACAACUGACACUUAACACAGAUACAGUAAAACUGACACUUGACACAGAUGCAGUAAAACUGACACUUAACACAGAUACAGUAAACUUGAGACUCAGCAGAGACAGAUACAGUUAACCUGAGACUUAACACAGAUACAGUAAAACUGAGACUCAGUACAGACAGAUACAAUAAAACCAAUGUCUGCAGGUUUUGUAGUUCUGUCUCAGCUUUAUCAUCUACAAAAGAUAACUGUUCAAACGUAGUUUUAGUUUAGGCUUGAACAGCAGAGAAGUUAAAACCUGAAGGUCUCAGCACUGAUCCCUGUGGAACUCCAAACAGAUGACCUCGUCUGCAGGUUCAGGUCUUUUCAUGGCAGCAUGAUGCAAACUCAGUUCUUCCGACACCGAUGAUGAUCAUUCUUGUUUUGAGCAGGAUCACUUUUAUACCUGUGUGGAGGGGAGGGGGCGGGGCUGUGUGAUAAUUGACACUCCAUGUUAACAGGACUGACAGAUUGACAUGUUAAUAACAUUACUGACUGAAUGCAUUGAUAACGUCCUUCCCACUCUCUCUCCAUUGGUUUUGGGCAUGGCACUUCUACUCACGCUUACACAGCCACCGUAGAGGCAGAAGAGGCACGAGGUAUGCAACCAUCUCUCUCUAAUCUCUCUCUCCGUGUGUGUGUGUGUGUGUGUGUGUGUGUGUGUGUGUGUGUGUGUGUGUGUGUGUGUGUGUGUGUGUGUGUGUGUGUGUGUGUGUGUGUGUGUGUGUGUGUGUGUGUGUGUGUGUGUCAUUACUUUGACAUGUUGUGAUGAAGGCUGUCACGGUUACAGAGCCACUUUCCUUCCAAAUGAAGCUUUAAAUGUCAGUGUUGUUGUGUGCUGAGACCUCAUCUCCUCCACCAGCUGAACCUCAGUCUGUCUCAUUUGGUCCUGGGACUGUCUUAAAGGUGGAGUAGGCAGGAAUCCGUUAAAGAAGCAGCUUUUUUGUGGUGUAUUUACAAAAAAUCUUUUAAUAACAGUCAAUAGUUAUUAGUUAUUGAUGGCAUUUGGUAAUAUAAUGAUAUCUCUGUGUUCUCUUAUGUCUGUAUAAACAAAGCCGUUCUCCACCUCCCCCAUUCUGACUGGUUGUGAGGUAGAUGCUGCUCCCCCGUAUAGUUCACGAGCACAAACAAAGUUAGCCUGCUACAAUGUUGGACAGUAGAAACCAACCAGAAAGUUCGGGAAAUUGUCUGAAUCCUCCUUUGGUCAUGACUGCCAACACAAGCAAGAAAAUGAAGUAAAUAUCAGAGACUCUGGUGCUUAAAAAGGAGGUAGACUGGACAAGAGCUAAAAAGACGGGUCAACAUAAAACAAUGGGGGACACUUCGGGACAUUGGUGACCCUGUAACCUUUCUGCUGGACAGGUAAACCGCUUUAACAAAGUAAGCCAAGUGUCUGUAACAGAAGUGUUUCUUGUCAAGCGGGACCUGCUGUAGCGUGUUGUAGCGCCGCUAAACUGUUGACCUCAGGUCCUGGACUAUGUCACUUUAUCCUUGUUGUAGAAGUCCUGCAAACAUUGUGUUUGCUGGUAGCCUGUUGGCAUCUCCAGUAGCACCAAUGCUUUUUACUUUCACAUUGACUGGGCCCCAUUUGUAAUUCUCUGAAGUAUUUAUCUGCAUUAUAUCUGAAUUUAAUUGGAACGAUACGAGCUGGUAGGAGCGUCUGUUUGUGGGCGGGGCUUGCUGGAGCAGAGAGGGAGGGGAGAGGAGGAGCUUAGGGGAAAACUGGUUGGGAGGGGGUUGGGAGAUUUUUCCUAAAAACUGCAACUUCCUCAGAUCCUGACUACACCCCCUUUAAAGUCCAAACAGGACCAGACUGGUGGUUUUGUACUUUAUGUGUUUCACCUGGUUGUUGUUGUUGUUGUUUAAACUUUUACAUAAUCAUUAGAAUAAUCAGCUGUUUCUCAUUUUGCUGCUUUUGAUCAGAAAAGUCACUUAAUUGAUGUUUUUGUCAAAAACGGUAAAAUGUCCCUUUAAUGAAAGUCUGUUUCUUUGUCUUCACGCCGUCCUUGUCCUGUUUGAAGUAAGUUUCUCUCACUGCCGGUCUCUUAAACCGAUUUAUGACCUAAAAUCCUCCUAUAUCUAUGAGCUCAGAAGUCUUAUAUUCACGUGUAGAUCUAGGCUGGAUAGAGAAGUCGAUCUACUUCCUGUUUCUGUUUGUGGUUUUCGCCCAUGCCACGUCUCCUCUCACACGCUGCCUCCUCUCCCUCGCAGCCAUCCAAGGCUUCAACCCUCAGCACAAGAUCCAGAGCUUCGAGGAGGCCCGAGGUCUGGACCGCAUCAACGAGAGGAUGCCUCCACGCCGGGACAGCAAGCAGCAAGAGGCCACACCCUCCCUCAACAACCUGCCCGCCAGCACCGGACCCCCCGACAAGAACGGCACCAACACACAGGCCUAAACCUCCCCCGCCUCCCCCUCUUUCUCCUCCCCUCUUCCUCUCCUCUCUUCCUUGCUUCCUUCCUUGCUUCCUUCCCUUACCCUCUUGUCUCCUUUAUGAGCAGGAGAAGAGACCUGUUCAGUCCAAGCGACUCUCACCACGCUUAAUUUAUUUUAUCAUCGAUUAAAAAUAUCAUCCUUUAAGACUGAACAGGAGAAAAUCUCAAUCGCACACGCGACCUGGACUUCUCUGACCACCAGGAGGCAACACCUUUCUGUCCAGCGUCUCGAGGGAGGAAGUGACGCUCAUUCAAACGCUUUGUUCGUGCCCACACAGACACACACAGACACACACACACACACACACAGAGUUAGAUCCAUCCUUUCUUAUGCCAAUGAUAGUGUGACUGAGCUCCCCGGAGCGAGUAUUGACAUUUAUAUUAUAUAUAUGUAUAUUUUAACUGUUCCCUCUUUUCAAUGUGAUGUUUUUUUUUUGUUUUUUUUUACAACACAUAGAUUUAGGCUUAAUGAUCCAAAAUGGGGGGGGGGGGGUGUCAAAGGUUAUUUUUGCUUUAUUAAACUCAGAUUUUGAGUACAGAGAGUGAAAAUCUGAACUCACACUGCAGAAAACCCCAGAAGCAGAUUGUACCUGCAGCGUGAGUUCAGACUUGAAUGUCAAACAGGUUUGCUCAAAUUUCCCUCGAUACUGACGGCGUUCAACUCCAGAGAGAGCGGAGUCUUCAGCUGGAACCUGACCGGGCCAAUAUCUGUCACUUAAAUCAGCACUUACAGAAUCAGAACUGAUUUAAUGUCCAACGUUGACUGUUUCUUUCACUGUUACUCCAGACAAUGAAUACAACAAAUAAUGAAGCAUCAUUUCACAAUGGAAAUAUUUAAAUGUUGCUGCCAAAACAGUCAAACCAAACUCCAGCCGAAAAACAUAUAAUUUAAGGGAGACUCCUUCUCUUAGCUGAAACCUGACCGGGUCCCAAACAGGUCCAAUAUCUGUCACUUAAAUCAGCACUUACAGUCAAACAACAGGAGAUCCUACAUUUCCCAUCAUGCAUCUAGAUGGAGCCUCAAAGAUUCACAUAAACAUCCAAAUAUUUCCAGCUCAGAAACAAUCUCAGACUUUUAUUGUUUGAAGUCACUAAAAUCUACCAUUAAAAAGUCCAAAAUGAAGAAAUAAUCAAAGGAAAAAAGGCGACAAAACGUUUGUAAAGAUUAAACAGAAACAGGAUUAUUAAACACGCCGAUCAGGAGGAAUCAAACAGGCUGAACUAAAACAAACUCCCUCUAUGAUCGUUUCAAACAAUCUCAUCAGAGGGACUCGGCUUCUUCUCCGACUCCUUCCAGACAGCUGCAACUUUAUUUUUAGAGCACCAGGAAUAAAAAGAGACAUCAUGUUCAGCUCAGAUCGCUGCAUUGUUUCACUCCAAGUCCUCCAGUCCAGCAGAAAAGACUUUGACUGACUAGUGUCCGGUUUGAGUGACGUGUUAAAGCAGGUGACUUCAGGUGAAAAACAAUGAAAUGCCCUUUAAUCAGGACUCUCAGGACUGCAGCAGAUCAGACACACUUUUGUGUAGCGUUGUAACAAAGACAGUGAAAAACAGGACUUUCAAUGUUGGUGGACAGAACCAAACUCCACUCAGAAAACAGUCAUUUUAAAGUUGUUCACAGACCUGACAAAUCCUGAAUUCAUCCUCAGCCUGUUUAACCAGAGAGUCUGUUCUGUUUCCUUAUAGUGAUGAAGUCGGGGCUGAUUUUAGACAACUUCAGUGUGACUGACACUGAAACUGAGACUCAGCUGAUGAACUGAUUUAAUGUCUAACAUUGACUCUGUUUCUUCCACUGCUAUUACAAACAAUGAAUACAACAAAUAAUGAAGCAUCAUUUCACAACCUAAAUAUUUUAAUGUUGCUGCCAAAACAGUCAAACCAAACUCAAGCCAAAAAUCAUGUAAUUUAAGGUAGACUCCUUCUCUUCCAGCAGACAGACCUGAAAAAUCCUGAAUUCAGACUUUUUACAAAUCAGCAUCAUGAUGUCAUUAUUUCAGCGUCCUCUCAGCCCAUGAACUGUCAUUUAAAAAAAAAAAAAAAAAAAAAUUAUUUGGCUUCAAAACAGAGACAAAUUUCAGAUGGUGUGUGACUUCAGUGACUCACUGGACGGAUACAGUGAAUCUGAGACCUGACAGAGACAGACACAGUGAAUCUGAGACCUGACAGAGACAGACACAGUGAAUCUGAGACCUGACAGAGACAGAUACAGUGAAAUUGAGACCCUGCAGUUAUCCUGAGGUCUGAGAUCGGUUGUUGGUUUGUUUCUCUGUUCCUGAAAUUGAAACUCAGCCGUAAAUCUGAUGAAACGUCCUCUUUAGUUCUCUUAAAUCUUGAAAAGUUGAAAACCUCCAGCUGAUCAGUCCUGAACUCGAACCUGCAGGUUAACCCCGGUGUUUUUUUUUUUGUCCCUGUUUCUAACCCAGCAGGUUCUCUUUAGGGUUCAGACUCCUCAGACAAAUCUCUCUGAGUCUGACGUGUCCGUCGGUGAGGGAAGUGAGGGUCAAACUUAAAACCAGAGAGUUCAUUCAGCCAGCUCUAAGGUGUGAUCAGGUGUGUGAUAGCUGAUGAGUGGAGGCUAGGUGGGUUUGAUUUCACUGUUUUUGCUCUUUUUUUUGGGGGGUGCGGGUGGGUGAAGUGAGUCAGCAGUGAGGCCUCAUUUCUGACUUGUGUUUGGGUCUCAGAACAUAUCUCACCGAAUGUACAGAGAAAAAAAAUCAAAUCAAUCCAGAUUUCUGUUUCUUUACAGCGAAAUUUGAGAAAAGAGACAUUUUUUUGUCGAGUCCAUGUAUUGCGAGGCCUCUCAUUUCUGUAGAUGUUUCACUCCAUUCAAAUAAAAAAAAAAGGUGAAGCUG